GGGGUGGGGUGCAGAAUGUAGUGAAUGAAGGAAUCGGACAUGUCUGUGUGUACAGUGUUGUUUGGGGAAGUUAAUGGAGCUGGAGGGAGACAAAGCAUUUCCGAAUUGCAAUGAAAGGGUGAGGAAAGGGCAAUAGAAAGGUCACCAUGACAGCUCCCCCGGGGGGGAUCAGGAGCCAUUGUUUUUCUUAUCAGAGGGAGAGGGGGGGGGAGAAGCCUGAUUGACAGACAGAAAUCUGAUCCUGUGAAAGAGACAGAGAGCCAAUGGGAGGCAGAGAUCUAUCAGUUUGGAUAGGAGGCCCCUGGAGGAGAAGGAGAGGAAAAACCCACACAAACCAGCUCUGUCAGUGGCGCUUUCUGCUUUCACAGGGGGAAGCGCUGGGAAAUAAUUAAUAUUUUUCUAUGAUUAAAUUUGGAGGGAGUUUGGUACAAGCCGAUCGCUAUCAGGUGGGUCUUUCCAACAACUUUUUAUGUUUAUUUUAUUACUGUUAUUAUUUAUUUUCUUUACUAUUCGUCAUUGCUCUGGAAAACCAACAUGCUUGGGGGGGUUUGCUUGCAGUGAUUUCAGCAGGAUUCCAAGGUAGAAUGUUAACCCUUCAUGCAUCUAGGGGGAGCGUGCAGUGCACAGUUUAAACUCCCUGCUCAUCCAGCACUGCAAGGGUUAAAAGGAUGUCGGGAAAGUGAUCUAGAAAGACAUUUUUAUUGCUUAGUAAGAUUGCUUGGGAUAUGGUUUUUUUUCAGUAUUUUUUUAUUUAUUUUUAAUGUUAUCAGGAAUUUUUUUUUAACCCUUUUAGCACCUUGGGAUGUGCAGGGUAACAGCCUUAACCCCUUACAUACACCCCCAUCUACUCCCGUUAGGUGCAAAUCACGUUGAUCGCCAUUACUAGUUUUGCACACGUUUGCAAAUCAAGAGAGCUCACUUUGCACAGAUCUGCUCAUGUAACCGGGUUUGUAAAUAAUACUCAAACUCCCUGAAGGUCGUUACUUCCGUUUAAAGUGAAUAUUUGCAAGUUUUGUAGCCAUCCUUUCAUGCAAAUUCAUUGCAAUGCUUCAGGGAGCGUUUUUUAUGAAUGGGACUGCUGAGGUUAAUUAGCUAUGCAAAUUCAAGCCUCUCAUUCAUGAUUUUUUUUUUUUUCUUUUUUUCUAAAGCCAUCUUGUUCCCUUGUAGGUUGCCUGCAGCUCAGAUCCCUUGGAAAUCGCCAGAUAAAUGCCCACUACACCCAUUUUUGACUUAAGAUUUGCCUGAGAGCUUCAGAAUGGAUGGAUUUUAUGACCAACAAGUGCCUUACAUGGUCAGCAAUGUUAAUGAUCAUCUUAAAAGUUUAUGUUUUUGUUUUAUAGGACUAGUAAUUUGUUUUAUCAUGUACAUAUUCAAACUGGCAGCAUUUGUUUGGUGUAUUUAAACUUUUAAAAACUCAAUUCUAAACUUUUUUUUGUUUCUCUCUAAAGCCAUAACUUGAUGGCACAUAAAGCACAUGUAGUUCUAUCACCUUGUGAAGGUGUUUUUUUUAUUUUAUUUUUUUUAUACAUAUUAUGUAAUGGGUGUAUUAAGACAUUUUAAUUGGUUCUUUAGGCUAUAAAUUGUACGUUUAUGCAGCCCUGUGCUGUUGUAAGUUGAUGGUAUUUUUAAUCCUGGGGAUAAAGUACAUGCUGAGCUGACUUAUGUCUCAGACAGUGAUUCUUGCUGUUUUUAGAAUCCGAGUGGGAGAACCUGCCAUGAAAGAACAACAAGCGUCAGAAAAAGAAAGUUUCUAAAUCGAGACCUGGCUCAUGAUUCAGAAGGUGAGAAUUCUCAUAUCCAUCCUAUGGCAUUGUUUUGGCUUUAUUGCCUUACACCUAGACUCAUUCACAGAUAUGUUAUGUGCUAAACCUGCUUGUAAAGAACACAUGCUUGCUGAGUUUUAUAUACCCUACCCUGUGAUUUGCUGAUUUGCGUCUCUUCGUUUUUUAACCAUGGCUGAGAGCUACUCCUUUUGGAGAGUAAUGAUUCAUCCCUGGAGAUGAAACGGUUAAUGCUUUUAUAGUCCUAUUUACAUGCUAUGCUCUAGAGGUCCUGCACUGCCCUCUCACAGUUUCCAUUUUCCCCCUGCAUUCACUCUGCUGUUGACAAUAUACACCCCACUAUCACUUCUUGUCCUACCUUUUGUUAAUGCACAAUAGCGUGCUAAUGAAGAACAUCAAACAAAAAGUGGUAGGAAAUGGUGUGUGUGGGGUGCAUUGUGUAAGUGUGUUUACCUAUUUAAUGCAGGAAGGGGACACAGUUGUCCCUCUGUGUAGAGGGGUAUGCCUUACUUAUUUAUUUUUUUUUAGCUUUUUUUAUUUCAGAAAUAUGCAUUGAGUUGUCUGUUUAGAUUAUAAGCUUGUGAAUAGGUUUCUCAGUCCCUUGCUAUAUAAAUGUAUCAAAUUAAGCAUUGUAUCCCUUCCUUCAAUUCUACAUUACCCGAUCAUUUGUUGGCUAUUUAUAAAUAAAGUUUGUUACUGAUGGGCAUUUUUAAAAAAUAUUUGCUAAAUUUUUAUAAUUUUUUUUUUUUUUAUAAUGUUGCAGCUGCUAGUUCACUAUGAAACUAGUGCACUGUCUGCAUUUAUUCUUGAAUUCUGGGGAUGAGGAGAGUUAAUGAGAUCAUCUCAGAUAAUUUUGUGUAUUCGACUGAUUUCAUAGAGCAUUUUAUACGUUGUUUGUUGUAGAAUAUUAGUUCUGACAAAAGUUUUUGUUCUCUCUUUGCUUUCUACAAAUCAGUUUAUAUGUAGAAACAAUUCAUAAAACUAUGAGAGUGUGUGUGUGUGUGUAAUUCUUUUUAAAUACAAAACCUUUAUCUGUUCAACAUCAUUUUUUUUUUAUUUUUUUUUUAUUUGCAGAACUCUUCCAAGAUCUUAGCCAGUUACAGGAAACAUGGCUUGCUGAAGGUAAGAACCAAUGAAGGGGAAGCAUGUUAUAUAUGGGAAAACCAAGAGCAGGAUUUAUUCACUAAAUGGUUAGAUAUAGUUAAUUAAAAGCUAAAUUGCAAAGCUUUGGCCAAAACAGUUAAUUUGGGGGAAACAAAUCUCAAAAAUCUUAUAGCGUUGCUAUUUUAUCCCGGAUUUGGAAAUAUGGAUUUAAAUUAACCACAAUUCACUGUUUAGUGAAUAAACCCUAGUGUGUGUGGAUGGGGGGGGUUGGGGGGAGAGAGAGCAUGUCCUGAACUUGCUGUCUUAAUGUUCAGCCCAAUUAAUUGAGCUCUAAAAGAGCCACCUCAUGUGUCAUGCAUACAUUAGAGCCUCUGAUGAGUAUGUCUUUGGGGACUCUGGGGCUGUGCUACCCAGUGUCAUCACAAAUUACCAGGAGAAAUUGCUUCCAGCUCACAAUCACAUCUGCUUUUGGCAAGAACUAAUGCUCCAAGACUUCAAGUUCUAAGCCUCUGUUCAGUUUUUAAUUGCAAUUGAUCAGGUUUAUAUCAGUGCACCUCAAGAGACUACAGACAGCCAGAACAGGGUUUGCUGUUUUCUUUUGAGCUGCGCACAUGAUUCUUUGGUGUUCUGGAAGAGUUGCUUUCUGAUGGCAGAAAUUGGUUUCUCUGAGUUCAUCAAGACGGGAUGCUUCAAGAAUUGAGUGCAAGUGUCUUCUUUCCGCCUUGCUCACAGCAUAGGACUUUAGGUGGGUAUUUAUUUGAUGUUCUUAUGCAAGACUUUUUGUACAAUUUUUAUUUUUUUGUUUUUAUUUUAAGAAAUUAUAACAUCUGUAUUUGAAAGUGUUAGGAUUUUUAAGUUAUAAUUUUAACUUUUUUUUUCUUUUUCUUAAAUGUUGAAACACUGGUGUUGGCUCUAAGUCCCAUAUACCUUUUUUUUUUAUUAUUUAUUUAUUUAUUCCUGUUAUUAGUGUAGCAAAAUGAAGCAGAUGACCAGAGAUACAUUGUAUAUCAGACCUAAUGUUCGUUAGCUGAAUUUAAUAAUUAAAAAAAUAUAUAUUUAUUUAGGUUAGUGCUACUGUCUAUAGUUGUUGUGGGUGUUUUUUUUUUGUAUGACAUGCGUAAAAUAAGACCUGUAUAAUGUUUCUAUUUUACACGGAAUUUGAAAACUGAACAGCUAGUGUUUACAAACUUGCUUUGCUGUUGCAGUGUGUUUUUGUAUUUUAUUUGCAAAUAUGAAAUUUACAGGGGUAUGUCCUUCUAGAGUUAUCACAAGAGUCUGAUAGCCAACUAGUAGUUUGUCCCCGUAGUGGUAAUGUUUUCCAUUUCUGACUUUCGCAUUUGUUUUUCUUUUAUUUGUUAACAUGUCGUCAUAAGUUGUGUUUGGCAGCAAGAUUGAACAACUGAGCUGCUUAUACAAAUGCAUUAACAUCAUGUUAAAUCAUGUUUUUCCAUACUUAUCUUCAUAGGUUUUUAUUGUACAAACAUUUUUCAAUAUUGAUAUAGAAAAUUAAGUUAUUUCUAGAAUUAACUUAUGAUGAAUAUCAUUCACAUUUGUGCAGGCACCCAGGUGCAUUUUUGGGAAGUAUUGUUAUAAGGAUUUGCUCAAGUAAGGGCAAAUCCUUAUAACAAUCCUAAAAUACUCCUUUUUUUUUUUUUUCUCAAUAAAUAUAUAUAUUUUUUUGCAUCAAUCAGUGAAGUGUUGUAUGAUUGUGGAGUUGUUUUGUAGAAUAUUUUUGGUUGAAUAAUCAGGAUGCUGAUGAAUCAGCAUUCUGGUUAAUAAGCCAGGUGUAGAUGUACCUGUCUGAACAGGUUUGUCUGUCUGAAUGGCUUGAGGUUGUAAAUAUUUAAAUGUAUUAUUGCCUGUUUAUGAAUACAUCUAUGUUUAUCAUGAUGUACAUGUAUAUUUUAAGAAGGCUUUUGAAAAUGCAAAAUACCUUUUUGUGUAUUAUUUUUAAUAGUUCCUUUACUGUAAAUUAACUAUGUACCCUUAAGGUGCUGCAUGGUUGUUGUUGUUAUUGUUGGGUUUUUUAUUUUUUCUAAAUUUUUUUUAUUUUAUUUGUUUAUUAUUAUUAUUAUUAUUAUUAUUAUUAUUAUUCUUGUUCCUAUUGGUUAUUUUGUCUUUGUUGGUCCAGGCCUCCACAGAGAAUACUUUGUUUGCUGUUUCCAGAAAAUCGUGUGUGUGUGUGUGUGUGUGUGUGUUUUUAAAUACUUUUAUAUAUAAUAUACUACAGAUAACACAAUCUAGUAAGAUAAAUCAAGACGCAUGCCUGUCUGCUUACAUUCUGAACGCCACCUACUAUUCGCUAUGUCAAGAAAUAUCCAUAUCAACUUAAGAUGUGGUUAAUAGAAUAUUUCCAGUAACUUUCUUAGUGCUAUAACAACAGAAGCAUUUAAUGAAAAUUUAUGAACAGAAUUCCACCCUGUAACCUAGAUUUUCUGUUUUUUAAAGCUACCCCCCAUUAUUAUAAUUAAUACACCAUUUCAUUAGAUUUUAUACUCCUGUGUUGAGACAUUUUGCAGUGUGCAUUGAUAUAUUUGUAGUAUGUUUUAUUUUAACCAGGUGUGGGUAGUGAAUGUUUGUCUGUAUAUAUUGGUAGUUGACUAUGGAUUUCUAAAAUAGUAUUUGGGUAUAUAGAGGCAAGUGCCAUUGAAUGGUAUAGUGUUUGUUUAUUUUUAUACCCCAAUGGCAGUAGCACUGUAGCAUCAAGUUUUAUUUAUUAAUUUUUUUUGUUCCAGGUGGAACAAGAAAUCUGUAUACCUGCAAGGUCUUUGUACAGUGUUACAUUUAGUUCUGUCUUUGCAUAAAUUACCUGCACUGAACAGUUUACAUAUUGGGUUGUGUAUCUAUGGUUUGUACUUGCAUGCAUUCACACAAGACAAGGGGAGGAGUUUGACUGAAUGGAUUUCCGAAUGCCAGAUAGGCAUCCAAGGUUGGGUGAAUAAGGUCUGCUAAAGUGGCAAUGCCUCUAUUAUUGCGUAAGAACAAUGAGUGAAACCAGGCUUUUCUUUACGCAAAGGCAAGAGAUUGAAUUACACUUGCUAUGAAAAAAAUUAACAAUCUGUAGGUGAGUUGUUUUAUAAAUUUCCAUCUUUUUUUUUUUAUUUAUUUUUAAAGCUGUGUGUGUAAUAAUUUAGAUAGAAGCAAAGAGAUGAAUCAGGGAGUUUCGCUUAUAGCAGUUUAUGAAAGUAAUGAGGUUUGUUCAAUUUUGUGGACGACAACAGAUUACUUAUUCUAGUUUUCUUAUAUUUUAAACUCUGUGUUUGUGCAACAUGAUUGUCAACUGUAUGUCUGGAGUUACCAAGUUAAGGAGCAAAAAUCAAUGUACACUUUUUCAUUGACCUAGUUAAACCCCAGGAGCUUGUAUUUAUUUAAAAUUGUUUCUCUUAUGUCGUCAUUGGGCUUGUUCUCAAAUUCUUGUAUGUGGUUUUUCUAAUCGUGCCUAAAAGUGCAAGUGUUUUUUAUUUUUUUCCUUCACCUCAUAUGGCAUAACUAAUAAAUGGAUGUCCACACUCUGUACACAGGUCCAGACUAGACAGAUAUGUAUAUAUUGGUGUUUCCCAGCAGCGUUUUUAUUCUGAAAGAGUAGGAAUAGUUCUGCCCCGAUUGGUAACUUCAGUAAGAGUAACUUUUUUUUUUUUUUGUUACAAAUGAUGGUUGUUCUUAAUUUGCCUACAGUUACUGUGUUUUUAAUAUUUUAUUUUUUCUAAGUAUACUUUGAACUGCCUAAUGUUUAAGUACAUGGUUAUUCUUUGAGUAGGAAUUUUAUUUUCGAAAAACAAGUAGCUCUCUGCACUGCAAACAUUGCUGUGUUUACACUGAAAGUUUAAGCUCCGUUUUGCUUCAGGUUUCUCGAAGGGUGUGACAUGAAUAGACUGUGGUUGGACCACAUGGUUCAAUGUGGACUGUUUUUGUGAAUGAAGGCAGAACUCCACUUCUGACUGCUAGUCUUGAGAAAUAGCUUAGGAGAUCAGCUGUCUCAUUCACUGGCAGAAAUAAUGACUCAUACAUCUUCUGCCUUGUUUGGCUUCAGGUCAUUGUUACAGUAGAUAGAGCUUGUUUUAAUUAAAAUACUAACUCUUUGCAUGCUGGAUUUUCUAACAUUGCUUGAACAACCUGUUUGCUUGUGACAGACCUUUACAUCCCUAAUCUUUUUUUUUAAUUUGUGACCUUCUAUAUGAAUGCAGCCAAUGACUCAUUUUAAAUAAGCUUUUUACAUACAUUUUAUUUUUUUCUUUCAAAAAAAUAAUUUGUAACAUAUUGGGGGUGGGUUGAAACUGGCAAGUAGAUAAUGUUAAUGUAGCUCCCAUCUCUACAUCCGCAGCCGCUGCUAAUAAAAAAGCAUGCUUCAAUUACAUUUCCAAAUACCUCUUAGCAUUAUCUAUAUAACUUUUUAAUUUAUUUAUUUUUUAUUGGAGAUUAUUUUUACAGUAUGUGUAUGCAUUUGUAUAAUUACAUAAAUUAUUAUUUGCAGUAAAAAAUUUUUAUUAUUGUUCAGAAGGUCACGCAUUUUUGUAUUUAUUUUUUUUGUUAAGUUUGUUUUUUAAAGUUUAUUUAUUUUUUCAUUUUAUCUGCAUUGGUAAUACCCUGGUGCAAAAAUGCUAGGCUCAUCUGUAUGUGACUGACCCUAGCCAAAUCCUUUGCUUCCCAUCCCACCCAUUUACAUCGGCCAACUUGCCAUACGUGUAAUCUAGUGAUGUACGUAUACCAACAGAUACACCGCUAACUUUCAUGGUUUUUACUACUUCAUGACUUACAUUAUUUUCUUUCUUGGAAAAGUGGUUGAGAAUAGUGAACAAUCUUAUCUCCUCUGGUGAGUUCAUGCUUGGUAUAUUCUUACAUGUGUUUUCAAAACAAUCUAAGAGUGAGGUUAAAAACUUCCUGUGUGAGGGCAUAAUACAUGUGCAAGCACUCAUUCUCCUGAAUCGUCUAACCUUAUUAAUAUGCUGCAAGUCUGUCUGUCUGUGUCUCUCUCUCUCUCUCUCUCUCUCUCUCUCUCUCUCUCUCUCUCUCUUUCUUUUUGGAUUUUGAUACUUGCAAGGAAUGAUACAUUGUUUAAUCUGUAUAAUCUCCUUCCAUUAUGUGUGUAAAUUUCAUAUUCAUUCUUUCUUAUUUUAUGAAGGUUGUUUUGCUGAGACAUAAGCUAUGAAAGAGUUAACAAAUGAGACCAUAUGAUUUCCAGUUCUCAUUACCGUGAUUGAUGUAAUUCUAACAUGAGGUUGCAUAUGCCAUUUGGUAACAUUAGCAGUUGUUUUGUCCUGUGUGUGUGUGUGUGUGUGCGCUCUUUCUUUUCUGUUUUUGUGGUGAUGGUUUGCAUUUUCUAGAUCUUAUUUUUAAGAAAGGAUUGAUACAAGAAGAGAAAUGAUUUAUAAAUCUGCAAUAGUAAUUUGGUUGCAGAUUGUGUGUUAUGUUGGUUAUUCUUUAGUUCAGGAUUGAUUAAAACCAUUCAAAAAUUGUAUUUCGAGAGCCUAAGUUUUCUUUCUGGCUGACUCUCUGUUUAAGUUGUGUAUUGUGCCUUUUCCUCUGUAUUCUGUGUCUAGAUAGGCGUUUUGCUUGGAACAGUCUACACAAAUGGGAUUUUGUUGUUUUGAUUCUCAUUGAAAUGGGAGUCCAUACCAUACAACUUUUUUAUUCUUUCUGUGAGGUUCAUUCGAAGUCUGAAAUGUUCCUUUUUUUUACUUUUGAUGUAUUGCAGAAGUAAUUCUCCAAAUAAUUCCAAUUGUUAAGUUUUACAGUUCUUUUACUAAUACCGUAGUGUAUCCUAUUACGUUUCACAUCAUUAUUACUUCUGAUUUUCUUUCCAUAAGUUUUUGCAUUCUCCCUACUUGCUGUUAUGGUAAACUGGGUAUGUUGGGUUUUUUUUAAUGCAAUCCUAAACAUUUUGAAGAUUUUUUUUUUAAAUUUUAUCUUUUAUAUUUCACAUUAAUUAAACAAAAUACUAUAUUACAGUUAAUGAGACCCUUUAACUACAGCAUAGGAAGUUUAUAGUCAAUCUGCAGACACCAUUAAACAUUGCCUUGAAAUGACUUCUUUGUUCUGACCCUGCUUCAGAUUCAAUUAAACUGUCAUUUUAUUUAAAAAUAAAUAAAUAACACUCUCUUGGAUUUUUUUUUUCUAAUUGCCAGUAAGUAUGUUGUAGGUAAAGAUUUAAAAAAAAAUAAAAAAAAUUUUUAUAUAUAUAUAUAUAUAUAUAUAUAUAUAUAUAUAUAUAUAUAUAUAUAUAUAUAUAUAUAUAUAUAUAUAUAUAUAUAUAUAUAUAAACAUAAACACAAGAACUGCUAACCAAACUGUUUUUGAAAAACUUUUUUUAAUUUAUUUUUUUUAUGUGUUUAAAAAUGUUGCAUGUAGAAUACAAUGAUAAUAUUGUUGUUAAUUGGGAAUACGUUCUUGAGAAGCGCUGCAGAACUACAUUUUUACGUUCAAUUUUUCAUGUGUUCUUUCUGUUUGUCAUCUGUACAUACUACAAUGACCUUGGUCAGUGCUGUACAUACAUUUGGUUUGAUGAUAUUUCUAUUUAUUGUGAAUCUGAUGAAACUAAAGAGUACUAGACUUUUUCACAUUUUAAAAUAAUCUACUUUAUUACAUUACAAGGAGAUAUUUCUAUCUGAUUAUACUCUAGCCCAACUGACCUUAAAAUAUUAUCGCAUUAUUGAAUGUGAUCUAUGUAUACAUUUUGGUAUUUCUUUUCUGUUUUUCAGCUCAGGUGCCUGACAAUGAUGAACAGUUUGUUCCUGAUUAUCAGGCUGAAAACUGUAAGUAUGAUGUCACUCAUAUUUAUUUAUUUAUUUUUAACAGUGUGCACUUUGUUUUGCUUUCCUAUUGAAGAGAAUGUUGUGUUCAUAGUGCUCCAUUUGAGUAAGCGGUAACACAGGGUUUAUAAAUCUUCUUAAGUGAUUUCCUAGAUUAGUUUCAAUUCUAAUGGGUCAACCAUGGGCUUUUAAUAGGACUCCAAUAUAUGGCGCAGAAUAUCAGAAGUAAAAUCUCCACUGUACUAAGUGCAAAAAAAGUAAUGCAAUUUGUUAACCUAAUGUAAAAUACACUGUACAGUUUACGUUUUAUAUAUCGCAGUACCACUGUUCAUGAAAGUGUUAUCUGCUUAUACAUUUCAGUAAAGUGUGUGUGUGUGUUUGCAUGGAGUAUGGUAUUAUGUGUUUUGGAUUUUAAAUAACACUAACGUUAUGUUUUCAGAGUAUAAAACAAGAUCCUAUUUUAUAUAUUAAAAAAAAAAAAAAUACAACACACUAGUUAGUAGAGUUUUCACCAACAAUUUAAUUUCAAGGUGGUAACAGCAAGUAGACAUUUUAGGUAUUUAUGAAGACAUUCUGACAAAGGUUCUGUGUAUGGGCUAAACAUCAUCCACAUUACUUACACCUUGUUAAAUGUUGGUGAAAGAUUGUAGUCUUUUAUUGUACCUAAGUUUCUGCUUUUAGUCACUUUAGUACUGAUUUCUGAUUAACAGACAUUUAAAGUUUUUUCAGUGUUUUAGCUCUUCUGAGUACUUUGACCAGUUAACUUUUGGGCAUCCUUCUGUAAUGCAUUUUCUAUAUAGUGUCUGCCUGUGAGUAUGUAGUUUUUAUUUUACUUAUAGAUAAUGCUUGCUGUUUUUAAAAAAACAGCAGCACUUAUGUAACGUACCCUUGCUUUAGUUAAAGUAGUGCUCUAUCGUACAUAAAAUAAUUGAUACAAAGCAGUUUCAAUUAACUUGUAAAUGAAUUACAUUCCAUUGUAAUGUUUUCUUGCUUCCAGAACAUGUUUAUUAAAAUUAUUAUUUGUGCAAAGUUACUUUUUAUAACACAGCUCGUUUUAAAUAUGCACACAAUCUAUUAUACUUACAAUGUGCACAAUUAUUUAGAAAUAAAUGCUGGUCUAUUAAAAAAAAUAAUCUGGAAUAUGAAAUGUUUGCUGAGGUUCCAUGUACAAAUGGGGGGGAGGGGAGAGAGGGGGGGGGAGUGGUAGUGUAGAUCUGUUUGAAAUCUUAAGUAAGAAAGGUAUUGUGCACACUCACAAUCAGUGAGCAGAUUGAGCACUGCUUCUUCUUGAAUGGGAGGUACAACCUAUUUUGUAUAUAGGGGUGUCAAGAAAUCUUUACAUUCACAAAUAUAGAUAAUGAUGCAUGACUAAUUGAAAUGUUUUCUUACACCAGGAUAACACAAUAUUUUUAAUAGCAAUGAAAUAAAUAUUUUAAGCACUAACAUGUUUAUAUUGUUGCAUAUAAUUUCCAUUUUACAAAUUUCAAAAGUAGAACAAUGCUGAGCCAUACAUUUGCUAGCAGGGUUCACUUGGACAAUAUAGUGCGUGCUUGUAUUUAACUCUGUACCAAGCAGUCUGAACAUUAGAAUUAUUAUGAAAUUCUAAUAUUCUCCAUAUCUGCUUUUGUGCUUGAAUUGUUAUGAUUUGCUUUCCCGUAAGAGGUUUGACAAAAACCCAAGUUAGUUCUAAGUAUACACUGAGUGGAGAGAUACAAAACUUUUAUGUAAUGUAUUUUUUUGGUAUGUGAUAUUUCUACUUAUAGAAGAGGCACAGCAUAUGCCCAGGGGUACGGAAGACACAAUAAAAGAAAUGCAAAUGCCUCUAGGCUGCACGAGAAAAACAUUUUAGAAUAAUUCAUAAAAUUGCUCUUUUUAAAAGUCAUCCUCGACAUUUUGUACAUGAUCUAUUGGCCAUGUCAAAAACAUUCGAUUUGAUAUUUUUUUUUAUUUUUUUUAUUUUUUUUUUAUUAAACAUUUUGAUAAAGAUACAACAUUAAAACUAUUUUCUUUCCAUUUGAUUUUGAAAGCAUUGAAUAGGUUUUAUCAUCAUAUUGGAUGUGUUCUCUGUACACUUUACAAAAUAAUCUAUCUACAUAAAUUCAUAUAAAGUCUAUAAUUACAGGGGGUGGGGGGUUGUUUUUUGGUAGUCCAUGAUAGUUGAAUAUAUAUCUUUUUUAGUUCCCUUUUUAAUUUGUCUUCUCCAUGAGUAAACUUCAAACUUCUGUAGUGUCAGAGGGCCCAGCCUCUCUACCCUUGACUCUAUAGUGCUGUCCCUAUGAACUUUAACCAGAAAUAAAUAGUAUUGAUAAGCAGAACUGUUUAUAAUGGAACUCCUAAGCCAUGGUUAGACAGCCUUCGGCACUCUGGAUGUUGUGGACUAUAUCUCUUGUGAUGCUUUACCAGCAUUAUGUCUGUUAGAGCAUUUCCAUUGUCAAAGUUUUGCCGACCCGUGUAAUAAGUAGAUAUAAAUGUGUAUGUAUCUUCUUUUAAAAUUCAGUAACACAUCUAAGCUUAUGCCUGAAACAAACACUCAAAAAACCCCCCCCAAAAAUUAUAUAUACACACAAAUUUGUGUUAACCCAUGCACCAUGACAACUUCAGUUAUUUGACAUGGACAUGGUGCCUGGAGUCUUUAUGUGUGCUAUGAAAUGCAGCACAUACAGAGAUUAACCCCUCAACUUCCUCAGUGCACUCCUUUCCUCCAGCAAGUAGCAAUGAGGAUCGGGUUGCAUGGAGAACUUGGCAUUGGAGGUUAGGUGUGGGUUGUGUUUUUUUUUUUUUUUUGAGGAGGGGUUGAAACACCUUUUUUAUGAAAGCAUCAGGUUUUGGUUGGAGUAAUCAUUUAUGUCUGAUGUACUCAUGAUGAGCUCUAAUCCAAUCAAAUGCUUCUCUUCUAGAACACAUGGCGCUAGUGUGGCAGUGGCUACAUUAAGGUUCAGUGGUUUUGGUACUUAGUGUCCAUUAAAAGACCUUUGAUAUACCACACAGAUUAUGUAGUAUGAAAUGGGAAAAAAUACACUUGUGUAGAAAAUUACGCAUGCUUUCUGAGUUAUUCAUUGGCAUUUACGCAGUUUCUCUGGUUUUGUUUUUUGUUCUUGUGAAAUCCCCCUGCAAACUCUUAUUAUAAUUUUAUAAAGCACCAACAAAUUACGCAGCAAUAUACAAUGGGUAUUCCGUUUUCAUUUCACAUUUCAUCUGUAUUAAUAGUUCUUCUAGAACACAUGGCGCUAGUGUGGCAGUGGCUACAUUAAGGUUCAGUGGUUUUGGUACUUAGUGUCCAUUAAAUGACCUUUGAUAUACCACACAGAUUAUGUAGUAUGAAAUGGGAAAAAAUACACUUGUGUAGAAAAUUACGCAUGCUUUCUGAGUUAUUCAUUGGCAUUUACGCAGUUUCUCUGGUUUUGUUUUUUGUUCUUGUGAAAUCCCCCUGCAAACUCUUAUUAUAAUUUUAUAAAGCACCAACAAAUUACGCAGCAAUAUACAAUGGGUAUUCCGUUUUCAUUUCACAUUUCAUCUGUAUUAAUAGCCUAAAAUUAUAAGAGUUUAACCCUUCAUUUCAAUAGAAAUGUCAUAAUUAUUAACAGCACUUUGACCUGAGCCAUGAUUAGCCCUUUCAUGUUGUACAUGUAUCACACCUUGACAACUUCCUGCCCUAAAAAGCUAAAAGCCAUUCAGUACUUACAUUUGUUAUCUGCUAGUCUUUUAGAAAGGCAAACAGUUAAGAGGCCUACCACUUAACUGUAUGAUAAACAUGGAGGACACAUCUUAACCCAUGGUAUUCUAUUUACGUAAAGGUUUGUCAAGCACCAAUUUAACCGCUUAUUUGUCAUUAUUAUUUAUAUAGCGCCAACCUAUUUCGCAGCGCCGUACAAAAUUCUGAAAAUAGGGGGUGGGGGCGGCGGAUUUAACAAUUUUUAACAAAUUGGACAACUACAAAAUGAUACAGGAACAAUAGGUAGAUAAGGACCCUGCUCAGGCUAGAUUACAGUCUAGAGGAAGUGGGACAUAAAAACACAAUAGGACAGCAACUGAACAUAACUACAGUCAUAGUCUAGUUUCUUUAUGGCUGAGACAUCUACAAUAAAUAUAGAGAUGUAAACUGGCAGUCACUUAGACAGUAUUGUGUUUAUUCUCUAGGUGCUAAAUUGAUCAGGAAAUAGUAACAUUUAGAACAGGCAAGCUAAAUUUGUAGUGUUGUUGCCGUGGUGUGUGUUUGUUGUUGUGUUUGUUUUUUGGUUUUUUUUUCCAUAAUUUAAUUUCCACUCAACUCCCUUUUUAAUUAUUUGUGUUUUCUUACUAUGUAAUUAUGGAAAUUAACAGGGAAAACUGCAAAUUUGUAUGCCAGAAAAAUUGCAUUUUCAAUAUUCUCCAACUAAACUAUGUUUCCAUGUUGAAUAUUUUGGCGUACAUACCUUCACAUUUGCUUGUUUAGUGAAUAACCUAGCUGUUUUUGCUUCCAGGCAGUGAAUGUGGACAUGUAUUUACUCUGUAGAACACAUGAAGGCUAAUUUAAUUACCGAUUUUUCUUUAAUCCUUUAUACCUCAACAGCACUGAAUGUGUUGUUGGUUUAUAAAUAGAUAUGCAGACAUUCACUAGUGCAGAUGAAAGCAUAUUUUGAUAGCUGUUGUAAAACAUUUCUUCUUAGAUGUCUGCUUGAAAAUAUUAUAAGAGGGGGGGAUUUAACUAUAAAUGGGACAAUUACAAUAAACUUACAGGAACGAUAAGUUGAAGAGGACCCUGCUCAAACGAGCUUACAGUAUUAUCUUGAUGUAAGAUGGGUAGAAACAUGUUAAUAAAACACAUACAUGCAUAUGUAAACUCAUGUUCCAUAAUAUGAUCCCCUACACUUUCCCCAUUGAUUGAGGUCAAACGUGGGACCUACCCAUAUUAAAUGUUCUGAGUCCACAAUGCAAUUGGCACUGCAGUGUAUAUAGCAAAACACCAUGGUCAUUGCAGUGCUGGUCCUUAAAGCUAUCCAUCAAAUAUAAAUAAUGCAUGCAGAUAUCCUGUUUUACUCACAUCGACUUAAUUCUUGCGUCCUAGGCUAGGUUGGCUUUAAUUACAGUUUUAAGAACAAUUGUGUUGAAGGGUGUUAAAACCUAGGAUGUGAAUAGGAUGUUUUGACCUUUUUAGUACCCUUUUGCGUGUGCCAACUUAUUUUGCUUUUUAUUGGUGAUAGCUGUGUUAAAAUAACUACCACUCUACAGGAGGUUGGCUAUAAACCAAUCAACCCUAUAUGCAUUCCUAAUUAAAGGGGCAGGGUGCUCUUCAUAUAGCAACAAAAUUAAAUGACAUAGGUUUUCCCAUUGCUAAUGAGUCUUUUUAUUUUGUUUGGAGGGGAAAAAAACGGCCUUCACUCUCAAUUGUACAAAAGUGAUCUAGUCAUUUAUGUCUUCAUUUGGUUUGGCAUUAUUGACAAUAUGUCUCCUUUUUACAUGCUGUCUGAUUCUUCAGUGCCCAUCUCUGUUUGUAGCGUACAUUGAAACUAACACCAGUUUGUAUUACAUGUGUCAAAUAUUGGUCACUUGCCUUUCUUUACAUUUGUAGACAGCUAAUAUUUGUUAAGAUGGUUACUGUUUGCUUGCGUUCCGUUGUGUAAAUGAGUAAAACUGACAUUCAUUAGUUACCAACAGCAAAUCCAUUUCACUUUCAUCAGGUGAUUUAAAAAAAGACAUAUUGUUUGCAAACAUUCUUAGAUCAUCUUUUACAGUAAUUUAACAGUUUUGACACCUUUUAUCUACAGUAUAUUCAUUAACCCAUUGAUAGCAUGUUAUCCUUACUCAACCUCUGUUUUUUAUGAUCUCCUAGUUGUAAUCUGUCUAUCGAUACAAUGUAUAUAUUGGUGGAAUUCAAAACUGCAUGUAAUUACUUUUAUUUUAAACCACAAUAAAAUAACAAAUCCUAAAGCUGAUUAUAACAAAUUGUUUAAAAAAACAAAAAAAACAACAAAACCUGCAAAGUAAAUAUAAUCCAAUCCACCCAUUCAUUUAGAAAAUUAAGUGUGUUUUUUGUGUUUGUUUUUUGUCUCUUCUGACUAAUUCUUCUGCAGGACACAGUGUUAAAUUAGAGGGGCAAAGGUUUAACAAUAAUAUCAGGAAGUAUUACUUUCCUGAAAGAGUAGUGGAUGCAUGGAUUAGUCUUCCAGCUAAAGUGGUAGAGGUUAACACAGUGAGGGAGUUUAAGCAUGCGUGGGAUAGACAUAAGGCUAUCCUAGAUGUAAGAUAAGGCCAGGGACUAAUAAAAGUAUUUAGAAAAUUAGGCAGACUAGAUGGGCCGAAUGGUUCUCAUCUGCCGUCAUAUUCUUUGUUUGUAGGUACCAUAGGUAGCCUUCUAAGUUGCUUUACUAAGCCAGUUAAUUUGUCACGUUUUUCGCAUAUUAUACGUGAUGUGAUUUAUUUCUGAUCACUUUGCAUAUACAAUUAUCUCUACUGAACACCGUGUUACUGCAUCAAGAAUUCUUAAGUUCUUAUAUUCAAACUCGGUUUGCGUUCAACCAUUACACUAAAUUGAGGUUUACAGAGUGGACUGUCCAUUCUGGAUUAGAGAUCGAAAUCUCUUGUUUCCAAGUGUCAAUCAAUAUACACUGGAUUUAAAAUGUUCAUAUGUUAUUUUAAGCAUGUAUAUUGGUCAGUGUAUUCUGUAAAAUAGUUUUCACUCUGACUGGAUAUUUUAUUCAACACCCUAAAGUUUUUUUAAGAAAAAUCUUUAAACUUUGGUUUUUUACCUUCAUGUAUACCAUCAUGCUAACUUUGCAUAUUCUAAACUUACACACCGCUACCACCACACCAUCCCCCAAAAGGGGUCUGCUGGCACACCUAAAACUCAAAUUUCCCAUAUGCCCUCCAGCACAAAAGGUUGCAAUUGAAAUAUUUGUUUUUUGGAAAGGAGGUAAAAAUUAUAAGAAAUCCCAUUGAAAAUAGGACUUUGUUUCCAAAGAUAAAUAGUUAAAAGGGGAAAAGUAAUGAAUAUGAAAUAGAUACAUCACUACACUAUUCAAAUGGCAAGAAUUCAAUGACAGAUUAUGUUCUGUGUUUUUCCCCAAGACCUGCAUUUGCUGUUCACUUUCCUUCUGUGAAUUUUAAGGGAAACAACCUUAAGAGCACAUUGGUAUCCCUUCUCACUAGGCAUUUCUGAUUUCAAUAACUUGUUUCUUACAUCACUUAUUUUUUUUUUUUAUAUAUUAUUUUGUCUCUGUUGAUAUUAUAUUUUCAGGUAAUGUUGAACAAUUACCUUGACUAAAAUACAUGUUUAGAGAGAGACAAUGACAGAGUGGCUGUUUUUUAGUGAUUUGCCAAUACAUCCUAACCAAAGAUGUCGAAGCAAGAUUCAUGUAUUCACUUCUUAUACCUCCUGCAAAAGAAAUGUCUUAAUGCAAAAUGUAGGUAACUGGGCAUGAGAAAACCCUUGAACGCCAAGUGUUUAACAUUUUUGAGUGUUUUGUAGCAAACCCCAUACAUGCACGUCGUCUUCUGGAUUAAAAAAUUAAAAUCAACUUUACUUAUAAAUAGUAUGUCUGACUUAUAAAGUCUACAAGUAUUUGUCCAAAUUGAGUUAAAGAAUGCAUCCUGCUUGGCAAGCCUUUUGGUGAAGUCAUGCACCAUCAGCAGCAUAGAUUAGUGGCACUAACUUCUGUGUCUAACUGUUUCAACAGAGGGUAGUAUUUAAAAGAAGAACGUCUGUUUUAAUGAAUCAGCCUUAUUUUCUGGAAAGUUAUAUUUAUACUUUACAGUUUUUAAGAAGUGUGUUUUUUUUUUUUGUUUUUUUUUUCACUUUAAAUAACAGGGAGUGGCUAAAAUAGUGGCAACACCUAACAAUAGUUUAACAUCUUAAAAGGGCUGUCUAUCAACAGUAAAUUAAACUUGGAUGUAUCCCUUAAUUUGUUUAGAUUUAUUAGAUUUUUUUUAUUGAUAAAAAUUGUCAUAAAGAUUACUUUUUUUGCAGUGCCUGGACAAUCUACUCACUGUAGCAUGAUAUCCCUCGAUUGAAAUAAUCAGUUAUGAAUUUUUGUAUGCUCAGAUGCAUCCCAUGUGCUCACACACAGUUAUUUACUAAAUAUUCCAAAGUCAAUUUCAAAUUUAAGGCCAGAGUAGCGGAACUGAAAGCACAACUUAGAGAAUUUAUUUUAUGCAUUCAUAUGCAUUAAAAUGCCAAGUAAGGAGUUUUAUUUAUUUUUUAAAAUUUAUUUAUUUUUUAAACUGCAUCCAUACUACCGUAUUAAUUCCACUUUUGUGAAAUUCGAAGCUGACCGUUUUUAGGUGAGACUGUUAUAGAGUUACUGAUUCCAUUCUGUGUUCAUUCGUGAGACUGUACAAUUUGUGGCAUUUUGUGACUACCUUGUGAAGUAUCCAUUUAUCUGCCAGUGUGCUUUGACUUCAACCAAUCUGUCUCUUAUCUUCAGUAAUAUAUAUGUAUAUAUAUAUAUAUUUUUUUUUAUUUUUUUUUGACUGCUCCCCUUGAUGCUUUAAAUUAUUUAGCAGCUUUUUGUGUCUGAUGCACCUGUAAUUUAUGCACGGACUGUGUGUCCUCUGUGGCUUUCUGUUGCCUCAUGUUGCUUUGAAAACCUUCAUAUAAAAAAAUGUGCUAAUUGGACAGACUUUAAUUUUUUUUUAUUUUUUGCAUAUAACUGGCACUACUAAUUGGCAAUCAACUUAAUAUGACUUGCCUUUUCAGGUGCAUUUGUUACAGUGAUUUAGUUUGUUCAUAGUUAAAUAAUUUAAAUUCUAUUCUAAUAUGGUUACUCAUUCAUUUUUUUUAAUUUUUUUUAACAUUUGUUUAUUUUUGACCGCCCACUUUAGCACAUUACGAACAACACACUUUUUUUGUUUUGGUUGUCCUCAUUUCAAGCUCCAUAUUGUGACAAAUUGUAAAGCUAGCAGCAGCCGUAUUGAUCACUUUUGGUAUUUCUUCCAUUCCCUGUUCACAUCAUUUUACGAUGUUUAAAUGGGCUUUCUAAGCACCAAUGCCAUUGUGGCUUCUAGUAGUGACCAUGGGGCACAGCGUCUUUGGGUCCCCCCCCCCCCCUUUGGAUUGUGGCAAACCAUUUGAGCUGUUUUGCAAAAAUAAGACUCUGAUGGGUCUAAAGCAUGAUGCUCCGUUGUAAUUCUGAUUCUGUAAUAAUAGAGCUUUUGGAAGAUAAUUGUUUGAGAAAAACAUUCUGGAAAGUAUAGAAUUAAUGCGGAAUUUCUAUUAAUCAAAUAUACUCCUGGUAGAAAAUUUUCAGUCACCUUUUCUGUUACUAGAAUACACCUAGGAAAAAAAAAAAAGAUUUAUUUUUAUGUCUGGCAUUCAAUGCAAAUGUUUAGUAAAACUCCCAUCAUAAACUGAAGCUUGCUUGUUUACUUAUUUAUUUGUUAUAAUCCCCUGGAGGUAUAUAUGUGCAUUCAUGCCCUUGUCGAAAUCAAAUAAUGCACGGCUUUAUUAGUUUGCCUCUUUUGCACCAAUGAAGGGUUGCAUCCCGAAACGUUUGUAAUUUCCAUCUGUGUCCUUCAAAUAAACCUGCACUGUAGCACUUUUUGUGCACACAGCCUUUCUAGUUGCACUGCACUUCUUUCUUCUUUUAAUUAUUAUUAUUUAUAUAGCGCCAUCAGAUUCCAUAGUGCUGUACAAUGGGUGGACUAACAGACAUGUAAUUGUAACAAGACAACUGGACGUACAGGAACAGAGGGGUGGAGGGCCCUGCUCCAUGAGCUUACAUUCACUAUGUACACAACAUAAUCCCUAAUUUUAGCAGUUUAAUUCAUGGUACUUAUUAGGACAAACUGUGUUUAAAAACGAUAGGUCUCCUAUUUAAAACAGAACUUUGCAAUAAUAUAUAAUAAUUUUAUUUAUUUUUUUGUCUGGUUGUCCUGUUGUUCCAAUAGUAACCCAUCCAAAUUUACUUAAACCCUACACAGGCUUCCUGUUAUAGUCAACAGGGCUGUAGUUCAGUGCUUGACAAAUUAGCUUGGAGCAUUUUAAUUUUUUCAUCAACAAACAUACAAUUCUUAAAGGGACACUAUAGCCACAAGAAAAACUACAGCUUAAUGAAGUGGUUCUGGUGUCUACUGCCUGUCCAUUUAGGCUUUUUAAUGUAAACACUGCCUCAGAGGAAAGGCAGUGUUUACAUUGCUGCCUAGUAACCCCUCUAGUAACAGUCACUAAGACUGCCAUUAGAGGUGCUUCCUAGUCUAGUGCUGCACAGUCUGCAGCACCUACAUUCAGCGUCUCUGCUCUCUUCCUGGAGGUACUGAAUGUUCUCCAUAGAGAUGCACGAUUCAAUGAAUCACUUUGAUAGGAUGCUGAUUACUGCACGUGCAAUAGCCUCUCAAUGCUUUUCCAUGAUAAAGCAUUGGCUUGACUGAGAUCAUCAAGUCUGAUUUAUUUCAGCCGAGGAGACGGGCACAGCAUGGGAAGAGUAGGUGGGUGUAAAAAACACCUUUCCCAUGUGAUUGUAAGUAGGCCGGUCACCUAAACACUCUCCGUGAAGCAACUAUCCCUGCUGUCUCAGUGGUUAUUGAAGUUUAUUAAUUUUACCAAAUUUCAAUAUUUUAUUACAGCUCGUUCUGACAUACACUAUAUGUGGGUCAGAGCAGAAUGAUCUGAAAUGUGUUAUUAUAAUAUAUUUUAUUUUGCUUACUUUAAAUCUCCAAAUUGUUAAUCUUCUUAUCUUUGUUGCCUUACUUUUACUUUAUACCAUGUAAUUUCAUUGGUUCUAGAAUAAACUGGUUUCAAGGGUUUCUCCAGUAUAAUAAUACAGUGACUAGUUUUUUGCGGCAUGUGUUUUGAAAACUCAAAUGACUUAAAAAGGGGAAAAAGCAACGGUCAAAUGCAAAAAUUGGCUGUACUAAUUGUACAUCUUUACUAAAGUGUUUUGUCUGUAACUUGACCACAUUUAGUCCACACAAUAGUCUUGUUAAUAGACUUUAAAAAAAAAAAAAAAAAAUAUAUAUAUAUAUAUAUAUAUAUAUAUAUAUAUUUUGAAAGAUAUUUAAAACCAGCAGUAUGGCCAGAAUCUGAGAGGUCAGGUUACACUGCCUAAGUACUUCUUUACAAGUAACCAAAAAUAACUGUUCACCAUUCCUUAAAAUCAAUUAGGUAGUUAAAGGUUUAACUCAAUAGUCUGCUGCCAUCAUUAGCAGAUCACCUUUGGCCUUAAUCAAUGUCACGUUGUGAUUUUUUUAGAGAAAUAUCGGCCAUCUGUCUGUUUUCAUCUUGCAUUCCUUUCUGCAUGCUGUGGAUCUCUGCGUAAUAUUAGGUAAUGGUCAAAAAACUAGCAAUAUUAGGAGCAAGCUUCAGAAUUUGUUAAUUUGGAGUCCAACUUCCUGUAGGAUCAAACAUAAUCUUCACACGCAUUCUAUGUUAUGUAACUACUUAGUUAGAUAGGCCUAGAUUAGGUGCUGGAUAAAGUUCCACUACAUAUUAUUUUACUUGAAAAUAUACCUGUUUAAGUAGGGAUUUUGUUGUAUAUUAUCCUAGUUAUACAUUAUUGCCAUGCCUAAAACACCCAUAUAUAUGUAUCACUAUGCCCUAACUCCAUUUAUGUAGUGCUCAUGACAUUCUGUUAUCUAAGUGCAAUAUUAUUGAUUAUUCAAGUAUCCCUAUAUGGAAACUAGAUAACACUCGAGGUUCCAAAUCCACCUCUUCUUAAUAGACUGAUUUUGGUGCAACGCGCUUGUCCAUUUUCUUUGGCAAUGUUAAACAUUGCCCCUGGUCUUGUCCUCACCUUGGUGCAAACACUCUGCCAAAAUAUACAAACCAAGAAAGGUGCACUCACAGGACUUCGUAAAUAAUCUUUGCUGCUCUAUUGUGCAGUAGUAUGCACCAAAAUCUUGUUUCGAUGUUUCAGUCCUAUUCAGGACUUUUUUUAAAGGAGAGAGAAUCCUGACACUGGAGCCUGCUCUGUUUUAUAUAUUCUAUAGAUGUAGUGACAGUGAUACAUUGUGCAAAUACAACGUCAGUAGUAACAUAUUAAAAUACGUUGCAUAAAGUAUCAGGAAAACCUGCGCCUUUUUUUUUUUUUUUUUUUUUUUUAAAUGUAAAGUUGGGUAAAACAUAUAUGUCAAACAUGUCUAAGUGCUAACAAAUAAAAAUGGCACAAUGAUAAUUCUAGGCAUGUAUAGUAAAUGGCAUACAUUUUGCUAAACAAGCUAGGUUAACAUGGAUGAGUAAUUUAUCCACUGAGAUCAAAUACAUCACUAUGCUGAACUUCCAUUUAAAAAGGUAAUCAAAGAUGUAAGGUUGCUACAGCAGGCAUCAUAGAUCAGACAGGCUUAAUAUCUCAGGGACAUGUCAGGAGAAGCCCCCAUUGCUCGUGGGAAGUCAGCCGAUGCCUGCUCUGCAGAGCUGCUGGAACCGUGCGUGGGAGCUAUAGAGCGUGGCUGUGUGCACUUGGCGGGCUCGUGGGUGAUCUUGCCAUUUUAGGGACUGUAGGUCUCCGUUGACUUCUCUGCCAUGGAGCAUGAGCACGUUCCCCUGGGACCAGGAUAACCCCCAUUGAUCAGACUCUUUUCUCCCCCUGUCUGGAUGUUGCAAGGUGAAGAGAAUUUUCAACUGCACUUUUCCAAUAUUCCUAGGGAUAGGGUAAUGAUUGGUUAACUCCGUGUCCACCCACUCAAGGGUGGAAAGCAUAAAAAAGUGUGUGUGUGUGUGUGUGUGUGUGUGUGUGUGUGUAUAUACAUACACAUGCAUAGUUACCUGUUUUUUUUGGGGGGGAGGGGGGUCGGUUUGGUUCAGCCUGCAAAGUGAGACAAAAGCUAAAGUGAUGCAUGUCACUUUUAAGUUGUCUCAAAGUGAAGCAUGUGCCUUUAAUAGACUUUGAUAUCUUAUCUUUUAAAAAUACUUUUGAACUAAAGGCCUAUUGGCAAAAUGUGACUUUCAGUACACUGUUUGCACAUGUAUUUAGAGCCUGCAGGAAUGCCUGUCAGGUUUUUUAGGUUCCUUUACAGUAGAGGAAGUGUAGCAGUUAUGAAUGCAAUACAUAUGAAUUCAUUAGUAUAGGUGGUGCCCAUCCUAAAGCUUUUAGAAGCUGAAGGCAAAGGAAAUAAAACAGAAGAAAGAGACAUUACAUCCUGUCAAGUAUUUUGAUUGAUUUAAAAAGUUAUGGCACUUAUUAUUCAACACAUUUUUUUUUUUUUUAAAACAAGUUUAGUGUACCUGUUUUAUAGAGCUGUUGUAUAUGUUAGCACUUUUUUUUUUCUAAAUAUCAUGUAUUUAGUUUUUUUUUUUCUAUUACAGUAUGAAUUGUGUAUAAACGCAAAGUGAUUAAGAUAAAAUACUAACAUUUUAGUUUCUAACCGAGUGGAAACACUCAAUUCAUAUCAGGUGUUAGCGUGCCAGAAGUUGUCAAAGUCCCCUGCCCCCCUUUCACUCCCCCAAGAGUAUUUAAGUAGGAGAUGACCAAUUCCAAAAUUGAAAGGACGAAAAAAUGUAUUAAAAUGACCAUUUAUAUUUUGAAUUAAUAAGUUAACUAGUCCUACCUACUGACCAGUAUGUCUUUAACACCUUAUUUUGGUCAGAGUAAACCUUCCUAUUUGGUGCCACCCCAAACAAACAGACAUCUUGCAGGCCAUUUUUUAUUUUCCAAUACUUGAGGCAGAGAUCUCCCUGCAGCCUGAUCUUCCGCUGAACAAGGAAGGGCUGACGAGGAGGACCGGAACCGCACAGGGAGUCAGGGAGUGUCAAUUUUGCAGAGGGUUUAAUCUCCAUAUGUAAGCGUUUCAUAGCAAUGCAUGUUGCAUAUACAGAAGUCAGGCCCUGUGACCACUUCAAAUCGUUGAAGGAGCCAUGGUACUUAGAGUAACCCUUUAAGUAACAGUUUUUAACCAACAUAUUGAAGGUAAAAAAAAGGAAUUGGUAGGGACAAGUUCAUUAUGGUGUGUGUUUUCUGUUUGGGUUUUCUUUUUCUUUUUUUUUUUGUAUGCAUUUUAAUAGCAGUUUAGAAAUGUUAUCGGUAGAUUUGUCACAGACAUAAUUCACAUCUUUCUUCGGGCACAGUAAACAAGAGAAAUGGUUUAAUGGCUCCAUAAAAGGCACUCUAUGCUGAUAGCUGAGAUUAGGCCUUUCAGUAAUGGAUUUUUUUGUUGGGGGGAAGGGCUAAGGCUUGGCAGAGGUAAAUGUACUGGAAGAGAAUAUUUGAGAGGCUCUGAUAUAUGUCAAGUGCUUUCAGCCUUGUUUUGUGUAAGACAGAUUGAACAAGCCUGUGACACCGAUGUCUUUAUAUACAGGCCUUCUGCGUUUUGCUUGAGGAAUUUUACAAACUGCUAAUUGAAGUUGGUUAAACCUGUAUAUCGGAACAGUACUAUCACUUUCAGAUUGUUACAGGGUGCUAUAAUAAUCAUGUGUAAUCAUGUGUUUUGUCCUCUUUACAUUCAGUUGUAAAACAAAAAUAAAAUACAUUUUGAUAAUACUUUCAUUCCCCCUUAAAAGCUGCAGAUUUUGCUCUGUUUAAGUGUCAUGCUUUCGGACAGUCCUGCAUCUGGUGUAAGAGUCCUGAUUUAGCCUUGAUAUAUACUUUUGUGUCUCACGUAUGGGCAUUGGGCCAUUGCUAGUUAUUGCUGGCCAUGUAAAAACUUAUACAACAGUGAACGUAUUGCAGUGAUGAUUGGACAACAAUAAUGCAUGUUCUUCUUCAAGCUUGCAAGCUUUCUUACCAGGUUUCAACUUGACGGAUACGAUUUCAGGGUCCUGCCCUGCCAUCCCAAUUUUUUUCCCAAUUCCCCCGUAUCCUGGGACAACAAGAAACUUUCCUCUGGUAGUGCAACAAGGUCAACAAUCGUAAGGCGUGCUGCUCUGUGAACGGGCACUAGAAUCCUGCAGAAAAUGCUUCAGUAGCAUUCUUUGCAAGGUUCUGUAUGUUAGGGACCGGUCCGAUAUAUAACCUUAAAUUCCCAACUAGCUGAAUACAUUUUGUGCAGAUAUUCAGUAAAUCAACCCCAGGAAUCGAGAGGCCCUGAAUCUUAGAAAUGCCACAGGCUCAAUUUUAAGAGUAUGAACUUAUUAUUUCCACGUUCUUAUUCAAAAAUCACAUUUGAUCCACUAUAGGUCUGCCUCCUGGUUUAUGGAUUCUACAAACAUUUGUCAGUCAAUGUGUUAAGCGUAAACUGUGUGAAAUUGAGACAUGAGCUUGCUCUGAUCGAGACACUGGUACAGAGGUCAGUCAGCUACAUCACAGCUUGACACCUCUGUUUCUGUCACACAGUUCCAUAACACUGUGUUUGACCAAGAUGUAGCUACCCUGUCAUCACAUCAAUUUAUUCUCCAUAUUCCCAGUAUUAAUGUGUGUAUCCUUGUCACCUACUUCAGUUGUUAUCGGUGUGUCCCUGUAUUAUGCUUAGCGAGCAAUACACUAAACUUCAGACAAUGCUGCGUAGUCCGUAUUUACUCUCUGAAGAUUUUUACUGUAUGCAAGCACAAUGUAUAGAGCCGGCAGCAAGCUGGAGCCGUGUUCAGUGAAUUUAAUUUAAUUAGUGUUGAUCAUGACUCCAGAUGAUGGUGAUUUGAUAAGGAAUAAUUUAGUACUUAACAGGCUUUUACAUGUACCAACUCCAUGUGGGAAGGUAAAGCAAAUUGCACAAAAUGAAUGGGCUUCUUUUUUUGUGUAAAUGCCAGUAAGCUUGAAGAGUGCCUUUUAGCAGACGUAAAAUCUUUGGUUGCACAAAAUGAAGCGAUUUUUAAAGUAGCGGACACCCCUUUCCAAAUUGUUUGUAAAAACGUGAUAAGAAGCAGAUUUUCUCAACAUUUUUAUAUAUAUGUGUGUGUGUGUGUGUGUGUAUAUGUAAAAAAAAAAUAAAUCUUCAAAUCUUCUUACAUUUUAAAACUUUUUUUUUUAAAUUCAUAUAAAUAUAUUAAUAUGUUGUUGAAUUUAAAACCUAUCACGUGUAAUCAUCAAUGAUGAGCAAUGUGGGAGGGAAAAACGAGUAAAUACAUUUUUGGCAGACUCCAAUGGAAUUGAUUGUUUAUUUCUUAAGACCCGUGGAGAAAAAAUUAUGGAAUAAUAUAAAAAAUAUAUCAACAGAAUAUUUUAGCACUGUAGUAUAAAUAGUAUAUUAAACUUAUCCAGUAAUUUACUUCCCCAAAAACUAAGGACAAUUACUUUUGUUUUUAUUUUUUUAAACCAUUUUUAUUUAUUUAAUUUGAUUUUCAGAUUAUUAGAUGUUUAGGCCAAAGAGAGGAAGUAGCUGAUUGUUUGUGCUGCUGCUUUAAGAUACACAAUAUGGUGCUUUUAUUCUCCUGAAGUAUAUGAUACAUAUGGGGAUACUGACCACAGGAAAUUAAAUUAUCUAAUAGUUUUUCUUGCCGUCCACUGGGCAGUCUGGUGAAAUUGACUAAAUGCAUAUGAAUGAUGUAUAAUCUUAAUUGAUAUUGAAUCGAGUACAUGCUCAAAGAACUGUCCUGUAAUGGUAAUUCAGUUCUGACUUCCUUUGCUAUGAACUGAUCCGAAACGAAGGCUUUUAGUAAAUAUGUUUUGGCCUUGCAGUGUUUUUCAUCAGCAGAGACAAAAAAAAAAAAAAUAUUUGUGCAGUUCCGGAGCUUGGUAGAUUCAAUUGUACUCGUGAAAAAUAAAUUCAUAUUGGUAUCCUAAAGUUUAUCCCCGAGUAGUGUGUGUGCAUUGUCUAUGAUCUUCCUACUCCAUACAAUGUAGCUGUUGCUACAGAGGUCCACAUAUUAUACAGGAAAUCACAGAAGGACUAAGAUCCCACAGGGCAGGUUAUCUGUUUGCCCCAGUCACUCAUUCUUCUUGUAAGAAGCACUUGCAUUGUUCCAGAGCCCCUGUCUACCCUUGGAAGCUGCCUAAGGUUACUUUUGAGUUAAUUCUGCUCUGCAGGCAAUGGGAAGCCAAAACUAGAAAGUUGAUCAAAGCAAGACUGUAACAACCACAUAUGUAUGUUAUCAUAAAAUGGACGUAAAACAACCAUGAAACUUGUGACUUAUAGGAGGAGUCUGUAACUUUGUAAAUGCUGUAAAAUAGUUUAGUUGGUGCAGUACAUUUUCAGGAAUCUCUAAGGAAACUGUCACAUAGCCUUUACUUAGUGUGAAAUCUAUUCUGAGGUUGUGAACCCAUUGCUUUGAAUGCAAUAUCUACUUUGCAUUAUGGAUUUGCCAUCCUACAUGGCUGCAAACAUCAUUCAAAUACAUGACUAUACUUUGAACAUUGGAAUAUAUCCCUAUCAAGCAGUACUCUUUAUCAUUACUGAUAGUAUGUUUCUCUAGGGUACUAUUUUUACAUGUUCCACGAGCCCAUUGUACUGUUUUAACUAAAGGAAAAUGCCUUCAGAAGAACAUUUUAAAAAUUUUGUAUAAUAAUUUCAUGUUUGGUCUUAACUUAUUUUCCCCACAUCAUUUUGCCUGUCCAUAUGACUCAACCCUGUGCUUGUGAACAAGUUGUACUGUUUAGAACUCUUGCUCAUGUUUGUUAUGUUAGCAUUUAAAGCACUCCAUUUGUAGAAUUGAUCUUACAAUAAUGUUCUUGCAUAUCCCCAUUAAUAUAUGAUGUCCAUAAGGAUUUUAUUUUUCCUUGUUGACAUGUAGACACUUUGGUACAAUUUAUGUUUAUAAAAAUAUUUUCAUACAAUUAUGCACACAUAUUUUAUUACACCUGUGUAUAACUUGUACAUCUUUUUAUUUUGGGACACUAUUAAGGUCUAUUUGUGAAACAUUUACAGUGAUUUUAGGAGCCAUAGAGCGGUGUGUUUUUUUUUUUUCCAUUCUUUAGUAAAUUGAGGCUUUUAUUUAUAUAUUUUUAUGUUGACAUUUAACAAUGCUCCCUUAAUAAGUAUCCUAAGUGGGGCAGGGGAAACCACAAGUGUGCUGUGAACAAUGAGGUCCUGUGUUUGUUUGUUUUUUGUUACUGGGUUCUGGGUUCAGAGAAGUAGAGUUGCUUCCCCACCCCCUACACAAAAGUGGGUUUCAUAACCUACAUUAAUAGUUUUUAUCUUAUUGUACUGGGUUAACACAACCUGAGAUGAUUUGAAGACCUAUCUGGUGAAGAAUGAGUAGGUCAGAGUUAACCAUGUUUUUCCGGAAACUUGUGGCUACUGAGCAUCGUAGGUUUGAAUGUCAGAUCUGCACUUUGUGCAACACUUUUGGUUUUCAUCCUACAUUUCUAUGGUCCGGUUAGGAAUACACUUAAAUGUUGCAUAGUUCCUCCAUUUUGCAAAUCCGUAUUAAGAGACACAUUUGUAACAACUGCUUGUUGUUACCACUACAGAGUUUGCGUUCCCUUUUUUAUAUACAUAGACUGCAUUGUAUCUUUGAUGGAGAACUUGAAAACUAGAUCACGCAGCACGCUCUGUUUUAAUCUAGAAAGAAAAUAAUUUGAUGGACAUUCUAAAUGAUCUAAUAUAGUUUUUAAACUGUUAAUAAAAAUACAAUGUAAUCUUUAAUAAGUAGUUAACGUUUAUUCAGUGGAUCCAUCUCUGUCAUCGAUUUUGCUUUAUUUCUUUUACGAGUGCACUGCAUAUGGUUUUGCAGUGUUGUCAGGGUAUACAGAAGAGUAUUCUAGUGUCUUUUUAAUGUAAUUUUGAGCAUGUAAAUGUAAUGAGGCAUGACUUUUAAAUAUUCACCAGAUGGUCAUUUGUUUUCAGGUUGGGUUCUCAUGCUACAUUCAUUUUUGCCUGAUACAGUAGGUGUUGGGAGGCAAUAUGUAAUAUAUGUGCUUUUCUUCAUUUAGGGAAUAUUCAUCUUUGUUUUAUUGAUAACUGGGGAUAAAGCAAUUGUUGCUCAGACUCCGCUGCUAAUUAUUCUUCUGGCUGUCAGACAACCGGUCUUGUUACUUCCUGGUUGCUUAGCUCAGUGGAUCUAAACUCAAGAGGCAGCAAUUUCCCGUAGCACCUGCCUCGCAAAGACUUCUCAUUGAGCCUCAUUGGGAGGUUUGUGAUUGUACAGCCACAGAAAGUGUGGGCUGGGUUAGUAGGGGGAGGGCUUGCAAAGGCUUCAGACUAAAGCUCUGCAGAUUUUACAAGCUGUUUUUAGAUAUGUUGCAUAUGAAUAAAAUUUGUUUUUUUCAGUUGAUGUGUAGAAACUAAACCGUGAUCUAUUUUUGUGCGUUUGGGCAGUGGAGUGUCAUUUUAAUCACUAAUGCUUCCUGUAGAAUUGCAAAUUCUACAUGCUGGCUGCCUGCACUUUUCAUGUGCUGUUUAUCAACAUAUAUAAAUAUAAAUAUAUAUGUCCAGGAAAACAUGGUGGAUCUGAGUGGGGAAAUAAUUAGUCUGCCCUAGUUUUUUGGUUUUUUUUUUUCUCGUUUUUUUGUUUUUUUCUGCGGCACAAACUCCUACUAUUCCUUGGUAAUAGCGGCCAAGCAUUCUCUAUCACGGAAGUCACUCCAUUUUCUCUUUUUUUUAAAUCAAGCUAAUAUUGCAAUUAGCAUGUCAGCUUGUAAUCUAAAAAUCAUAGUUAGGUGUGUGUAUUGUCUCGGUCUGUAUUUGCCCCUGUUUUGUUUUUACAGAGAAGUCAUGAAUUACUAGGUGUGAAUGCCUGGUAAUUUUUUGCCUCUGCAGACCAACAUGGCACACUUGAGACUGCAAAGAUCAUGUGUAAUGGCCACAGUUACAAUUAAUAUUAACUUUUAAUAAUUAAAAAUGAAUUAAGAUCUAAUGUGUUAUUGUUUUAAUUUAUCAAACAUCAUAAUAUGCUUGUUCUGUUCUUGAAAAGUCAAACUGUUGCCCUGGAGAAGCUCCUACAAGUUUAAUAUUGUGCUCCCUAUUCGUGAGUGAAAAUAAUGAAAUACCACCUAUAAUUGGGUUCAGAGAAGUAGAGCUGCUUCCCCACCCCCUACACAACUGAGGUUAUGUUAGUUCAUAUUUUUUGGCUUUACAAAGGGUCACAAGGACCACCUGUCACGAGGUUAAUGCUUAAUGGUUCAAUAACCUCCAUUACUAAUGAGUAGACACAAACCCUCCUGCGCAAAUGGCAACCUCUUGGUUUUAACUACAUUUAUUUAAUGGACAGCACCCUAAACAUCUUUAAAUGCAGUCUGCUUUAACGAAGUCAAUAUAUUCUAACGUUAUUUUGAUGUUCUAUGGUAAUUUUUACAUUUGUAAUGAUUUGUAGAAAUAAAAGUGCAUGUAUGAUGGCUCUUUGUUCCAUUUUCUCUGUAGUGGCUUUUCAUGGUGUACCACUAAAGAUCAAGAAGGAACCACACAGUCCCUGCUCAGAACUGAACACUGCUUGCAGUCAAGAACAGCCAUUCAAGUUCAGCUAUGGGGAAAAGUGCCUGUACAAUGUCAGGUAAAGUAAUAGUCCGUAAUAAUGCUUGCAUGACGUGAAUCCAUGCCACUCCAAACUUGCUCAGUUAUGUGCUGUACUUGGUUUUGACGUCCACUUUCACUUUUGAUUGCUCUAUGUUCUAUUAGUGUUCAUUGAGGUUCUGCUCAACUACCCAUGAUCCUACAGGGCAAAAUAAAUCUGCAUGAUGCAAUCUUUCAUCUCCUUAAGUUGUACUGAAAGCAGCGUCUGCAAAUUAUGUUUGUCCUUUACAGAAGGUGUGAAUGUAUGGAAACCGUUGCUUCCUUAAAUAUUACACCACUGAAUAAAAUAUUUUUAAAAAUCCACAAUUUUAUAUAAAAAUAAAUAAGUAUAACAUGUGAUGCCCAAUUUUCCUUUUGAAUUUAUAUUACAAAUUCAUCAAACUCUGUAAAAAUCCAGUUAAGACGAUGCAAAUUCAGGUCAGACCUUUUCAGUGAAACCAAAUGAAGAGGAUGAAUGGAAACCUUGUUUCAGUUCUCUUCUAUUCUGUAUGCUUUCUCUACAUGAACUGCCAGGUGCACUGGACAGAUCAGCUAAUAUAGACGACACAGGAUAAAUAGGGGUGGAGCCUGGGAUGUGAAAGUUUUGCUUUAAGUGCUGGUUUUACCCAAUGCGCUUAGAUACAAGUACUCUCUAGUAGUAAGACUUUUUUUGAAUAGAAAAAAAGUGUUCAUUACCGUGGUGGGAGUCUGUAUCGUAAUAUUGGACUAAGUGAUAUCAGCUUGUUUGUAAAAUAUAUAGUAUAUUAUUUUUUUAUUUAUAUCUUUUUUAAUUUAUUUUGUUUAAAUAAUUUUAUGUCCGUUUUCAUAGGAUAUUUUCUUCAAUUGCACUUAUUUUUAAACUUGCUAAUAAAAGUGUUUUCUGUAGGUCCUUUCCAAAGAUUUAUUGAAUCAAAUAAUGAAAUAUACAGUAACAAACUGAUGUUCGAACUGAAUACAAAGUAACCUCCUGUGCUUACUGCCGAUUAGCAUUAAGAAGUAUUUGCAUUUGGUCAUUUUGAAAGCAAUGCAGAUUUUAUUUAUUAUUUAUUUUAUUUUUUUUUUUUUUUUUUUUUUUUUUUUUUUUUGCUGUGAUGCUUUAAGUGCUCCAUUUUUGGCUCCAUACUUCACUACUUUGAAUUUUUAAUACAGAGAUAUCCAAAAUAAAGAGCUUUUAAAUGAUUGUGCAAAACUGUAUAUGUAGAGCAGCAGAUGCGAUCAUAAUGCCUAAAUAAAUGUGUUUGUGGUAAGCAUGAGUUUAGGCUGUCCGCUGCUCAAGUUGAAAAAUAGUCGAGAUGCAACCCAGGGCUCAUGUCUUUGAAUCCAAUGGUACCUUCUCUGCACACUCAGCAGAUGAAUUCACAAUCACCAUCUAAAGAGAUUAAGACACCUUUCUAAUUUACUCAUCACGGAGUUGCCAGGUUUAUAAUUUAUGAGCCUCUUUUGGGGCCCUUGGCUUUUCGUUCCUUUAGAUGAAAAAUAAUGCUUUUCAGCAGAGUGUUUUGAAAAAGCUUUUUAACCUUUGCUUUCUUUACUGUAAUGCAUUUUUGUUUAGCAUCGCUGAGACAGGCUUUUAAAGUGAUUUACAUUCUGCCGUUCAUUCAGGGAAGAAUGGAUUGUAGGUAUAUUGGGUAUGAGAUCAGGUUACCUUUCUGCUAGUUUAGUUUGAGAUUUAUAUGCCAUUCCCUGUGAUAAUUUGAUGGGUAUCACUUAUUUUGACUAGGCUAUGUGUGUAAUAUUUUCUUUUUGUAUAUGUGUUUUUUUUUUUUACAGUGCCUAUGAUCAGAAACCACAAGUUGGAAUGAGGCCCUCUAACCCACCAACACCUUCAAGCACUCCUGUGUCCCCACUACACCAUGCAUCACCCGGUGCCAAUCAGACUCCAAAACCAGAUCGACUCUUCCCUACUCACCUUCCACCAUCCCAACCCAUCCCAGACAACAGCUAUUCUAUGGACCAUAGGUAAUCAGACUGUUUACAAUCAUAGAGUAAUACUGUUUUAUCAUUAGAUCUUGUUUUGUUUUAAUAGUGGAAUUUUGUUAAUAUUGGGUAGCUGUGUUUGUGUGUGUGUUAUAGUGUAGGGUAUAACUAUAGUAAUUUGUGUAUUAUCUAUAAACAAAAGUACCACAAAUACAUUUUGUAUGUAUAUGUUUGUAAGUCUCACUGCUAGAUGUAGGUAAAAUCUGAAACAUGCUUAAUGACUGGUGAAAUCCUUUGCACUUUAUCUUAGAACGAAAGGUUGUAUGUAAAACCAGUCUACCUAGAGCAGAACCAUGUUUCAUUUGUGUGUUUUUAAUCUUCACAAAACUAUGCAAAGUCUCAUUUGGUAUAUGCUUUGCAUUGCAAAUGGUUUGUAACACAGCCUGAAAUACUACUAAGUUAGCAAAUGUUUUGGAAUCAAAUGCUUUGGAUGCAAAGAUUUGUUGCAAAUGAAAUCUCACUGGUCCCAUUUUUUAACGCAUGAUAUUCAAUAUAAUGUGACUUUAAAUCUAUCCGAUUCCACGUGUUCUAUUUUGUGUACUGCGGAACUCUUGAUGAAAUUAGAGAACACGACAGAACACUUGUCAAAUAUUAUUGUAUAUUUAUUUGACUAUAGCCACUAACUUUAAAAAUAUGAUUUAAAACCAGAAUGUGCUUGCAGUCACUAUAUGUCAAAUAAAUAAUACAACCUAAAAUUAAAACUGCUUAAAGAUUAUAGGUAACUAUUGUAUGGAUUCCAAGAGAAAAAAAAAAAGGCUUUUGUGUGUACAAAAAAAUAAUCCGCAGGAAUACUAAAAGGCACAGAGAUGGUGAAAAGCAAUGUUUAUUUUAUAGUCCAUGUAGAACAAUAAAUGUUUGACAUUUCUACAUUCCUAAGCUGAGAUAUAAACAUGUUGCUGCUUUGUUUUGUCACCACUAGAAGUGUGUUGACAUACAUAUAUAUAAUAUAUAUAAUAUAUAUAUUUUUUUUUGUUUGUGAGCCUAGAUAGUAAUGUAGGUUUAGUUCUCCAUGCUCACAGUAGUUGCCAAAUGUUCUUUGCUUUUUUAUUUUUUUCCCCUCUAUCCCUCUAUCUCUCUUGAAGGCAAUAUGAUGUUACCAGCAGUGAGCAUGUUACCAUGACACAAGGGUGUACAUGAUAACAUUUUGCAAAAUCCUGUCCUGCCAAUGUUUAAUAAAGCUACGUGGCAAGUAAAUAAAAUAAAGUGGCUCACUUUAUUGAACACAUAAUUGUUGUGGGUAGUGCAUUGAAAUUGUGUAAAAAAACAAAAAUAAAAACAUACUUUUUCACGGCAGAACUUUUAUGUCCAGUGUUAUGUUAUCACCCUAAGUCAAACCAGUUAGUUAUUGGGUUUAGCAAAAAUCUAAACCAAGACAACUCCAUUUUAAUUCUGAUCGUUUAAUAAAUUAUUAUUAUUUUUUUUUUUUUUUUUAAUGAGCUACUUGCUUCAGUGGCGUUGCAAUGCGAGGUGUCCCAUGGUUGUAAUACAGCCCGAAAAAGUUGAGAAAUAGUUUGCAGAGGCAUACGGUGCAUGAUUUCCAGUUUCUCUUCAGCUACAAUGAAAAUAAUCAAGUGACAGCACAUUAUAACUCGUACAAUGAGAGCGGAGUUGUUUUGGUGCAUGGAGUGUCCCUUUAACUCUGUGUGUAGUUUUAUAUUUAACCCAUUGUAAAACCUUACAAAACUGCCUUGUUGGACUGGACAAUUUAAAAUCUUCAGUUCUGGGGCUGGCAUAACGUUAAAACAAGAGACAGGCUGCAUAGCAUCUUUAUCUUUAAGGGCCAAGCACAAAAAUAUAAUAUCAUUGAAACGCGAAUGAAUCUCUAACCUUGGCUUAUUUUCACAACAGAUUUCGCCGGCAGCUUUCUGAACCAUGCAAUUCUUUCCCACCACUGCCUGCAAUGCCAAGGGAAGGCAGACCUAUGUACCAACGACAGAUGUCAGAGCCAAGCAUUCAGUUUCCUCCGCAAGGAUUUAAACAAGAAUACCACGAUCCAGUUUAUGAACAUAACACUAUGGUUGGAAAUGCACCCAAUCAAACGUUCCCUCCACCACUCAUGAUAAAACAGGAACCUAGAGAUUUUGCUUACGACUCAGGUAAACAUUUAGUAUUGGAUGUGCAAUUUUUUAAGAAAGCGAAACCAAAUGUAAAACAAUGAGUGUCAGAAUUAUUACCAUAUAUAAGUGCAUUUCUGUCCUCAUAGCUGUUUUUUUAACUCUGUGAGGACCAAAGGCAAUGUGUUGUCCUAAUAUUCGGGUGCUUAAAGACAAUCGAGGAGAAUUGUCAAUGUGUUAUUUUGGGUGCAAAGUGUUAAACGAGGGGGAGAUAUUCCAUUGCUUUUUAGUUAACAAUUUGCGACAUAAUCGCACAUAUUUUCAUCAUAGUUUUUCUGCUUCAUUUAGUGAAGUAUAGAGCAAAUCUGAAGAUUGGUCUUAAAAAGAAGGGAAUGAUAUUGUUCCUUAAGGGGUUAAUCUCCUUAAUUUGCAUGAUCAAAAUUCCAAGUAGCAAUUUCAACAAAAGUAACAAAGACCAUGCUUUUUAACAUAGCACUUUUUAAAAUCACGUGAAGCACUCCCUUUUAAUAUCGUUUUAUAUACGAUUUGGUACGAAUGAAGUAAACCGAUUCUGUUAAAUUAAUAUGAAAGAUAAAUAGUCCUUGUGUUCCUGGUAUGAAACAUUACAUAUGUUAUACAGCCAAAGUAUGAGGCAGAUCAGAGUAACAAGGUAGCAAUUAUUAAAGGAUCACUAUAGGGUUAGGAACACAAACCUGUUUUCCUGACCCUAUAGUGUUUAACCCACCAUUUAGGUGGCUUGCCCCCCUAUAAAAGUAUAAAACCUUAUUUCCGCUCCCUUUGUGACAUCAAGGAAAUGGCCAAUUUUUAGCCAAUCCAAUGCUUUCCCAUAGGAAAAGCAUUGGAUUGGCUAAAAUUGGCACGGGGGCGGGGCCAAAUGCUGUUUUGGCCAAUAAGGACCUCCUCAAAGAGGAAUCAAUGCAUCUCUGAGGAAAAUUCAGCAUCUCCAUGCAGAGCGUGGGUACGCUGAAUGGCAGCGCUGCUUACUGUGCAGCCCUGAGCCAGGAGGCCCCUCCAGUGGCCAUCUGAGGAGUGGUCACUUGGAGGUGUCCAUAAAGGCAAUCUAAACAUUGCCUUUUCUCUGAAAAGACAGCGUUUACAUGAAAAUGCCUGAAGUUAGCUAUUAUACUCACCAGAACAACUACAUUAAGCUGUAGUUGUUCUGGUGACUAUAGUGUCCCUUUAAGCUGUCCACUUUGAGUAGCGCUAUCACUUUCAUCUCCCUUUUUGUAAUGUUAGGCAGAGAUUAGCCUCUAAUAAUCCUAUAAAUCCAAAUUCUACAACUGUACAUAUUUAUAGGUAGGUAUUUGCCAAAAAGGUCUGUACAUAUGACAGCCAAGCUUGGUACUUCAGAAAUUUUUGUAUUACAUUUUUUACUCAAAGCUAGUUGAGCAUCAUGGGAAAUGCAAUUCAGAAAAUUCAAAAACAUCUGGGGUAUUAAAGGGACACUAAAGUCACCUAUACCAAUUCAUCUCAAAGUGGUCUAGGUGCAGCGCCCCCUGAGGUUUUAGCCCUGCAAUGUAAACAUUGCUUUUAUGUAAAUAUUGCUAGUAAAUAUUGCUAGUAGAUACAGCAAUGGUUUUAUUAAAGGGUUAAACACUCCUCUUGUGGCUCUUUUCUUUUUUUUUUUUAUGUGUUGGGGGUGGGGAGGAAUGGGGAGGUGAGGAAGGAGCUCUAAUCGAGAAGAGCUAUCUGUGGCAUGUGUGUAUAUACAUGUUUACCUAAUGCUAUAGUGUUUCUUUAAAGGUAGCUGUAUGAAUAAAUGUGUGUAUGUAUUUUAUGUCAUAUAUUGUAUAUUGUGUGUGUGUGUUGUAGCUUUGUAUGGAGAAAUCUAUGUGUGUGUGUGUGUGUAUGUUUUGUCAUGUUUAUAUUUUGAAAUUAUUAUUUUGAGACGCUAGUAUAUGUAUUUAAGUCAGUCUGUUCUAUUUCAGUUAAAUAUAAAAUCUGAUUUAUUUGUUUUUCAAAGUAAAUAAUAAUGACGAGUGUUUAAUUUUGUGCCAUCUUUCAUGCAUUUUUAAUGUGUGGGUUUUGGAGAGUGGUUUUCUUGGCCACAACCUCACUACAUUUAGGAGGAUGCAAUCCUAAAAACCUUUAAAAACUGGUCAAUAGCUGUGGAUAGCUUGAAAUUUCUUUUUUCCUUUCAUGCCAUCUGUCCUUCAUAAUAUUUGUUCCCCAGUAGUCAGAUACUUAUUUUGUUUGUUUAUUUUUUUUAAGCUCAUUUGUUUUUCGAAAUAUAUUUUUAACGUGCUGAGUUGUUGAAUAUAUAGUAGAUAAGCAAAUAAGCUCAACUUGUAAAAAGUAUUUAGUAAAAUAUGCAUUUUUCCAGCACAAAUAACUUGCACGCUGUAAUAAUGUGAAUAAAUGUAAAAUAUUACAACCAGUGACAAAAGUGGUAAAAUAAGAAUACAAUGGACCAUUUAAAAUAAGUCACCUCUCAAGUUGCUGAAAUUAAAGAGAGGAGGGUAAAUCGCCACUCAGUAGUUCCACAUUUAUCACCUUGCUGAUUAGGCAAAUCUCUUCAUAUCUUGGAACUCCUGUCUCACUCGAUGUCAGGAAAGGUUUAAAGUAAGACGACCACCCACAUAAUGAAAUUAAAGUAAUUUACGGGAAUAUGCAUGUCAUUCAGAAGUUCAGAUGUAUUCUUAAAAUAAUGUUAAAGGUUUACUCCAAGCAUCAUGAGUUCCUCUGUGAUUUAAAGUGGUUAUGGUGCCUGCAGUCUGUAUGGGCAGCUUUUCACUUUGAAAUGCUGCACAUACAGCGUUUAAAUAAACUGCACCUCUAGCAGCUUCUUUGGGGCUGAGUAAUGUCAAUUUUGUGCAUAUUUGUUUGCACAGAAUUGCAUUAAAUGGCUGGGACCGACCGGUCAGCUUAUGCUCUCAUCCAAUAAAUGGGAUGGACUUCCAGAUUCUGCAGAAGUCAGAUGUUGUCACUGGCCACAGGGGGAGGAGUCGGCACCCAUUGGGUUCUAAGAAAGAGGGCAAACUGUUACAGAAAUUCUAUAAUGCUUGGAGUAACCCUUUAAGAAGCCAGAAGCGUGUAUGUAGAACACUUCUCUCAUCACUAUUUCAUCUAACUAAGCAACAGAUAUGGUGUGGUCCUAAAAAUACACAUUUUUAUUAUUUAAAGAGCAAUUGUCACUUUCCUUUUAUCAUUUCCUUUUCCCCUUACCUAUGUAAACACUAUUGAAGCAUUUUAUUGGGAUGUGGAGUAUAGUGGAGACAAUUAUAAAUUGCACCUCAAGACCAAUGUGCUAAUAUCAUUCCAGUAUUGAGUACGAAAACCUCAAAACUGUUGCUCUGGACUGGUAGAUGUUUGCCAGCAUGUCAUGUGACCCAUGAGUGCAUUUUCUAAGACCAUUAACUAGCCCUUAGGAUAAGGUUAACUGUCCAUGUAUUGGGUGCUUGUGGGAAAACGCCCACAUACAUUUACAGCUGUUAAACAUCUGUCAUUCCAGAACUGUGGAAUACUGGCUCUUAUUUGUCCAUUAGCAUGUUUGUAAUAGAGUUGAGUGCCAAAGGUUGCCUACCCCUGCUCUAAUACAAGCAUGAUUAUACUGGAGUGCAUUAUACUGUAUAUAGAUUUUUAAUGGCAUUGCUGCUAUUUGUCUCUUAUUCACUGGUCACGAAGCCUUUAAAGCAGGCUUCCCCAAACCCCAGCCCUCCAGAUGUUGCUGAACUACAACUCCCAUGAUUCUAUGAAUGAAAUAGGCUGAGAAUCAUGGGAGUUGUAGUUCAGCAACAUCUUAAGGGCCAGAGUUUGGCGAAGCCUGCUUUAAAGCAUGGGUGACCAAAAGGUAGAUCCUCUUUCAGGUAAAACCAUGUAAGUUGUGCUUCUAGAACAGCUGGGGAUCAAUCUUUUUAAUCACUUUAGCUUUAAGCAGUGACCAAGUACAUAUAAAUACUUUAUACUGUUAAAAAUACUGGAAUUUUAACAUACUUGAUAACCAGUAUAUAUACCAGUCUACCAAGAGUUUAUAUUUCGUAUAAAAAAAAGAUAAAUGUAAAUGUUUUUUUCGUUUAAGAAAAACUAGCUUUUAAACUUCAGUGAGUUUAGGUUUUCUUUUUUUUUAAUUUUACUUGUAGUGUAGCUAUGCAACAGCUUAGGGUGGGGCACUGAGAUUAAUUCAAGGAAAUUGUGUUUCCUUUUUAAUUCAUGCUUUCUACAAACAAUGGCUUGCUUUUACAAAGGCUGGCUGUGUCUGAAAAGCCCUGUGUCUUUAAACCCUGUAUUCAAUCCCCCAUUGUGUAUCUUACGCACAAAUGUCCUCAUUCUUAAAAGGAAGGUACAUUGUUGUACGUGGGGAAGAUUACUUAUUGAAAUAUUCUAUGCUAAUCUAAAUCUUUAUUUAGUAAUGCUUGUUUAACAAUCAUAACAGCAAAGCCUGUUUUGGCAGCACUUUGCAAAGCUGUUGGCAAAAACCUUACUUAAUCCUAUAUUCAGAUUCAGACUGGAUAGAAUGAUCAAUUGAUUUUUUUUUGUACCUGGUUGAACUAGUAAAAUAUUGAUUGUGUGCUUUCCUUUGUUAUAGUAGAUUGUCUUGCAAGUUAUUUUCAAAAUGUAUUUUUUCUAUUAUUAAAGGAGACAUGUUGUCCCAGUAUAUAAGUGACUUGAUUCUUAGCUCAGAGUGUGCUGAUAAGCUGGAGGAAAUUCUAAAUAAUGUUUGAUAGUUUGUACUUGCCUUGUUAAGGUUAUUGAUUUGAUCUGGUGGGUAAAAAAAAAAAAAGGGAUAAUUUUAUAUUCUAGGAAUGGUGUUUAAAGAUUCAGAUAUGUUCAUGGUUGAGUAGCCUCUUUCAUAACCUUGUGCAAGAAAAAAAAAACCCCAUACAUUUGACAUGUUUACAGCUUAGCGAAACAUUGCUACUUAAUUGUGGUAGGCUGGGAUCUUGUUCUGGGUUUGCAAAAACUGGACCACUCUUAUACACAUAACUCUAAAGCUUGUAAAAAUGUGGUUUCUUGCUUCAUAUCAGAAGUGCUGAAAGGACAACUGUUACCUUCAAAACUAUUUUAAUCUAAUUAUCCUUACAUCAGGUUUUGAAAUUAAAUAUAUAUAUUUUUUGAUAUAUAUGUAAAAAUUCGAAAAACUCAUCUGUUCCUUUUAGUAUAUGACAGGAUGCUGCAGCCAUAUUCAACAUGCACAUUGGGUCGGAUAGUGUUUGAAAACCGACAGUGUCUCUGUUCUUCUCUGCUUCUGUGUAGGGAGUGAAUAAGGAAAGAUCAUGGAGAUUGUCGGUGUCCAAACCAAGCCGCACGUAUAUGGCAAGAGCAUCCUGUCUUAUACUAAAGGGAGGGAUGAGUUUAUUUUGUACAAAUGCUUAAUUGCAAAAAAAUAAAUAAAAAAAAAUCUAUUUUCAAAACUUGAUUAAAGGAUUAUAAUAUAAAAUAGACAGUUGUCCUUUAAGUCAGUACUCAAGGAUCACCAAUAGUCUUUUUUUCUACUGGAGCCAACAUAAAGGCCAAGACUGGUUCUUGACCAUGUCAUGAGAUGUGUGUCCCUUAAUAUAAAAAUGUGAUAAUCAACACACAGGAAGUUCCUCUUUCCAGGAGAGCAUGAUGCCAAUGGUUUCGCAGUCUUUUAUGCUUGUUUAAUCCAAAUAUGAAAUUGUCCAUCACAACUCUGUAGUGGUGUUUUGUUUUUGUUUUUUUUAAAUACAUUAAUACAUAAAUGUUCAGACGCUCUAUGCUAUGUUACUCAGCAAGCAUGCUUAAAAUUCUUUAAAGGAAGCUGAGACAGCAAAAAUAAGUAUUUUGACAAAAAUUUGAGUCAAACUCAGAUUUGAAUUAUUUUCUGGGUAGUACGUGUUUUUUUUUUUUCUUUUCAUUCUGAGAAAAAUAUCAUGGCGCCCUUGGCUAUGCCUGGUUUACUAAUGUUAGCAUUUUCACCUGUCUGUCUGUAAUGUACGUAGGGUGUCACUUGAGUGCAAAUGCUGUCAUUGUUGGAAUGGCAUUGGUGGUGCUUUCCAAGUGCUUCCUUGUGGACAUUCACCAAGGCUGGGUUCCUGAUUAGACUGCUUGUCAGGAGGAAGUUAAAUGGUUUUUGCAAUAUUUGUAUGAGAGACGAAAAAAAACAAAAAAAAAACAUUUAAAACCUUUAGGCAGUGAAGCGAAUUCAGAUCCUUUUGAAAACAUGUACUUUUUUUCUGCCUGCCUCUUUAACACAGACUAUAGGGAGAAUUGUCAGGACUUUAAAGCGUAUUUCAAAUUUAAGGCCAAAAUAACAGUUUGGCAGAACUUUUUGGCUAUUUUGGUCUCAAAUUACAAAUUCCUUUUGAUUUCCUGUCAAUUCUUACAUUGGGAAAGCCGGUUUGUAGUGAGGAUCCAUCCAAUCUUUUCAAUUCCAUUAGAAGUGCACUAUUUUGUGUUGAAUUGUAUUUAUUUGUCUUGUACAUAUGAAUGUGCAGCGCACUUUAUGCUUGUUGACAAUAAUCUUUUUAUUUUACAUCUGCUAUAUUUUUUCGUUGAGUAUGCUUGACUGUCAGAUUGUGAGUCCCUCAAAUUGCACUCAAUUCAUAUCAAAAGAUUAAUAUGUAUAUUGAGUAAGCUGUGGAAAGAGGCUUGCGUAUUUCGACAAGAUUUACCACUGCUUUGAUACACUGUGACAUUAACAUUCAGCAGUGAAUUAUAUUGGGUUAGAGUAGUAUUUCCAAACCAAUACAUAAAUAUCCUUGAGAUCAACAGUUACUGUAAGUGCUGUUGUGGAGUUAUUUGAUUUGAGAAUUGAGAGUACAGCCUGGGUUUACUCCUUGUGCAUUAACAAAGGUCAAGUGAACACAUGCUGCAUUUUAAAUCUAUAAUGGACGUCUGAAGACUGCCUUAAACCAAUCACGUGAGUUCUCCCUAUGACUGAUUGAUCCCUAAGGGCUGGGCCUUGCAAGUAAGGUCUCGGCAUGAAUGAGCUUAGCAUAGUUUGAAAUUUCAUUCAUAAAAUCGAGAAAGGGAAAAAAAAAAAAACUGUUCAAUAGCAGAGAGCUGGAGGGUGUUGUGUUCCUUCAUCUCCUGUGCUUGCCAGAUAACUUGAAGCAAUUAUUCAUAUUUGGAGGCUGUGCCAAUAUGUUAUAUGACUCCGUUUAAUGUACCUCUGUGUUUUCAAUGUAUAGCGAAGCAAAAGACUGAAUUCUGAACUGAAGAUAAACAGGAACCGGUUGGUCUGAAUUCCAUUCAAAUAUGUCAUUGUGUUCAUGCUCGGUUUGUGAAGCUUACAGACUGGGACGUUUAGGGGAGUUACAGGUAGACUGCAGUUUAAACAUGUAAUAGACAUGCAGCUACACAAAAGGAAAAUAUAUUGAAUUAAUUUAUUUCUUUAUACACCAGGCAGGUUAUGCUUGCAUUCUACAGAGUAAUACGUUUUGUUGACACAAUGAUUAGUGAGGGGAAAAAAUAGAGGAUUUAUUCCUAAUUUUUGUGUAAAGACUCAAAUUUGUGCUUUUCUUCUGUUUUAUUUUUAUGUGCUUAUUCGUGUAUAUCAGAAUGCUUUAACCAUACUCUGAAAAAAAACCUGGAAAGUUUGCAAAUGUAAAAAAAACUAUUUUAUUUGCCUUUUGCCUUUACACCUAAAAUCACACCACUUUCAUCUAACUGGGAUGUAACCGUGUUGGUUAGAAGCACACAGUAAAAACAAAAUGCCUUCACAAUCUUUAACCCCUUAAGGAGCACAGAUGAAAUCAUUACAUGACAACACUCUAUGAAUGUUUCUAACUGCCUCUACCCAGUAGAUGCUGCUGAAGCACCAACUGGGGGUGAGUAGAGCUGCAGACAUAAUGUCCCUCAGCUAGCAUUUACUUAGCUGUCUAUGCCAAAUCCACAUGUGUAACCAUUUUUCUUUACAUAUGUAAAAUAGCAAAUCAGAGCUCCUUUUAAAUAAUGCAAAGUGUGGGCCUAAAUUGUUUUGGGAAGCAUAUUUGAGAUUGAUGGGAGUUACAGUCCACACUCCACUUCCAAACGUGUUGAGCCCUUCCCAGUGUCCCUACAGCAUUUAAUACUGCCUGUCACUGCCAAUAGCGUUCAUGUGUUUUUUUUUCUAUUGCUUUGCUUGUCCCAUGCCAAACAUAUCGACUUGUUAACUCAACCUUUAAAAGUGAAUUUUGCCUAGAAUUAAAUUAUGUGCUGUGAUACAGCAUCUAACCAAUUAUCUGGAUUUUUUUAUUAUUUUUGUCAAAUUUGUGUUUUAGGUAAAAAAAUUUGAAAAAUAUAUUAAUUUACAAAAUAGGUGCUGAGAUAGACCCUGGAUUGGCCUUCCAAACAGUGUUUAAAUACAUUGCAUUGAUUCCUUUUUCUUUGCACAGCCAUGUAACACAUUGCAGCCUCAAAGAAACAAUAUAUUGUGUCUUGUACCAGUCCACAACAGCUGCAUUAUAAUGCAGACCUCGAGGACACAGAAGAUUCUUUGCCUACAGCCAUAUGAGCUGGCAAUUCAGCUUUGUCAUCACACAUGUGUGAUAACAAUUAAGUAGUUUGUUCAUCUCUUUUAAACUUCAUUUUUUUUUUCUCCAAAGUGAUAUAACAAUUGUGCAUCUUUUAUGUAAACUGAUAAUAAAUCAUGUCCAUAUGGAGUUGAAAUAAAGCUGUUUCUAGUUUUAUUAUUCUAACCCUUGAUUCUUCUAACCCUUUAACUUUUGACAAAACAGAAUAUUAAAUAUUUUUCUUAGUGGCGUCCACAUGCCAUAGGGCACACAAGUUCUCUAUGGACUGUGCUAGGCAAAAAGCUAGGAUUAUUUUAACAUUAUUUUAAAAAAUUACUCCAAGCUAAAACAGUUUGUUUGUUUUUUUUUUUUCCCAGUGAUUUUAAUAAUACAUUGCAGGGUGGUUUUUUUAGAUCACUUUUACCCCGCUGGCAUGAGCUUUUUAAGAUCUCUUUGCAGCUUGAUUUGCCUUCCAUGUUGUCACUCGCCCAUCCCCUUUUCGUCUUCCGUAACAUGCAUCCUAUGCAUCUAUGCAUGCAGGCGACGGCUCCCUCUUAUGUUAUGAACAGAUUUGGUGUUCGCCAGCCCGAAACUUUCAUUCGGGCUACUAAUAUAGCUGCUGAAAGUGUUGCUACAUGUCUAUCAGCAAAGUGUGUUUACAUCUGUAUUUGUAUAAUUUCUUACUGAAACACUACACAUACAGAAUCAAAAGACCAUGACCACUUCAAAUCGCUAAAGUGGCCAUGGUGCUCUUAGUGUCCCUUUUAAGAUCUUAGAUUGACUCUCAAUACCACUAACAGAGCGGUCUAAUUUACAUUUUAAAGUACAUCAAAGUGGCACUAAGCCACUUUUAAGCUAAAUCUAACAUUUUAAUAUGUCGAUUUUCAUUUUCUGGAACUUGUGUAGACUAACUUUUUUUAUUUUACAUAGUUUUAGGGUACAAAGAUGCAGACUACUAAACUACGACUGUUAUUUCAUCAUAUUAUUGUUAUUAAUACUGUUACCAGUAGAUAAGCAUGAUGUAUAUUUAGGGCAUUCCGUGGAGAAAAUUUGUUUUCUGGUCUGGUUUUUUUAUUUUUUAUUCUAUACAUUAUUUUUACCAUACUGUGUUUUAUUUAAGUGGUGAGGUGAGUGAUAACGUCAAUUCUCUGUAAUCUAUUUUUAAUAUCUCAGAUAUGGAAGUGGAAUGAAGAUAGUCUUUUAAAUUACGUUUACGUUGCUUUAGUCAUGUCUUAAUCAUAGGGAAAAAAUACAAUUAGUAUUCCGCAUAUACUGAUUGUUUGCUUUGAAGUAACCCUGUUUAACCAGUGCAAAUAGUUCUGUGUUUUGCAUCAACAUUUAGUACAGUUUGAAACUGUAAAUGCUAAAUUUCAUUGAUGUGACUUGUUAUUAGAUAAGGUAGAAAUGAAAGCAGCAGGCAAUUUAAUUAGCUGUAAUUUUUCUGGGCAAGUCAUUACUUUGAUGAACUUCAGAGCAAUGUUUAUGGCUCCUAAUUAACCAUGUUAGUCAUUUGAUUGAAUAAUCACUUUGGAAAUGUUUCUGCAAUUUGAUUAGGGCCUGACCCACUCUGAUAGUCAUAAAUUAACGGUUAGACCUUUUGGCGCAAUGAAGGGACGUAGGGUAAUCUGCAGGGGACAGGUCAGCUUAAUAGUGUCUUCAAGAGAAAAGGUUACGAACUUUUGAAUAACCUUUUGGUAAAAAAUUAAAGUAAUAUAAAUAUAUAUAUAUAAAAAAGGAAAUUUAGAAAUUCAUUAUGCAUCUACCUGUCUUAUUGUACAAAAAGGAGUAAAAAUAUGUUUCAGAAACUGACAGGUUUCAGUAAAUACAUUAUUUUACAUUUAUUAUUUGGCUAUAAAAAUCAGUAAUUUCUGCAUGUCUGUAAGAAUCCGUUGGCUGUACGCACUACAGCAGUAGCUAUUUGUAGGUAUCAGACAUCAGAAAUACCAAGUUAAUUUUAAAGGGUUACUUGAAGUACCAUGACCACUUCAGUGAUUUGAAGUGAUCAUGGUGCCUUGGAGUCUGUAUGUGCAGUGUUUCAGUAUGAAACUCUACCACAGAGAGUUUAACCACUUUGCCUUAGGAGAUGUAACUUCACCUCCAACAGCAUUAUUGUGGCAUCAUUAGGCAGCCUGGAACAAAUGUCCGUUUUGUAAAUCUUCAACAUCUAACGUCAACACGUGCAGCAUGCCUACUCCAUGACGCCUGUAUUCCCCCUACACGUCAAUGGGUGAGGGGAGAUAUUGGCCUCAGAACUGGAACAAAGGUGUGUGGUUUUUUUUUUUUUUAGGAUAGGAAGGGUUAAUCCAAAUAAAAACCUGUUUUAUUAGAACACACUGUUUUUGGUUGGAUUAACCCUUUCAGAUCUAACCCUCUAGCAUGUAAGCUCAUUGAGCAGGGCCCUCAACCCCUCUGUUCCUGUGUGUCCAACUUGUCUGGUUACAACUACAUGUCUGUUCGUCCACCCAUUAUAAAGCGCUGCGGAAUUUGACGGCGCUAUAUAAAUAUAAUAAUAAUAAUAAUAAUACUGGAAUUAAUCGUUUCUAUAAAGAUAGCUAAAUAAAAAUCUGGUGGUAAAAAUUUAUUGUAUCUCUGUUUUUAAAUAUAUUUAUUUUUAACUUAUUUGAGCUUAAUCAUUUUUUCGUAUAUGGUAGCGAGAAGUUCUGGCACUCAAAGGAUUAAUCUUCUUCAAACCUAAAGUUGUUUUUUAUGUUUAUGGUAAUACCAGGCAUGGUCACCAUGCCUUGCAUCUAUUGAUUUGUUGUUGGUACGUACAAACGUAACAUUUUCUGCAUUUUGCCAUAUUCCUUUUUAUGCUUCUGUUUGUUUGUGUUUUUUUUUUUUGCCAUGUGGGCAAUACAUAUUUACUGACUUUUUUUGGAAGCACCUUGUUAAUAAUUUAGGUUUUAAUGUGGACAGUUUCAAAAGCACUAGUGUUUAUUUUGGCUGUCCUGAAUUUUAAAGCCCCAUGCUCAGCAAGUUCUACAUAAGCUUGAAACAUCAAGAUACAAUGAUCAUGUCUACAUUAUUUAUAUGGGUUGCAAAAUAUUUAAUAUAUCAAAUCAAAGUUUAAAAAAAUACUGUGCUGAAUGUUUCACUAUAAAGUCAUUUGUUUUAAGUAUAUCUAUUUUCUAUGUAGGUUUUUUUUUUUUUUUUAUUCCUUUAGGUUUGGCCAAUUUGUUUGUCUAUUGUCAGUUUACCGCAGUUCAUUAAAGCAUAUAGUCUUGUAUUUUUAAAUUCCAAACUCUUCGCAAAUAAACAUCUAUCUAAAUUCUAAAACCUAUGUAGCUCUUCAUCUCUCAUGUUCGAAUUGUGCUUAAGCCAUUUUGCAGGUUACGUUUCUGGCUAUGUGGCAGCACAGACAAUAAUUUAAUUAUUGGCCUGGAAUUUGAGAAGCGUAAUUAAUUCUGAAAAGAAUGGGCUGUAGGAAAAUGAAACAAAUGUGAAUCACCGUUGGUUAAAAAGAAAAAAGGGAAAAAAAAAAUCUAAGUGCUAUUUAAAGUAAAGUGUGAUUGCCAAAGGAGUUGACCUUUAGCAAGGUUGAUUAUACUGAAAGUUUGAGUUCAAGUGACUGCGUUAGAUAAAAUCAAUGUUCUUCAUAUCCUCGGUUCAUUUUACAGUGCCAUGUGCGUGUCUUGGGAAACGCUAAGAAUGUGUUGACAGGUUACCUUUUGCCACAACUUAUGUCCCUUUCUGUUACUCUUAUGUCUGCAGUCUGUCUCAUUGAUAACCUGCAUGCUUUCAGUUACAGACACUCCUUUGCUUAGCUUUGUUUUAUCCUCUUUUCAGAAGUGCCUAGCUGUCAUUCCAUUUAUAUGAGGCAAGAAGCUUACCUCACUCACCCUGGUGGAGCAGAAGGUAUGUCGCCAUCUUUUUUUUAAAAAUAUAUAUUAUUGCUAUAGAAAUCCAAUUUCUUUCCAUUUCAUGUAUAACCUUCUUUCUGCAUUUAAUUCUAGGUUGCAUGUUUGAAAAAGGGCCCCGGCAAUUCUUUGACGACACAUGUGUUGUUCCUGAAAAGUUUGAUGGUACGUAUGGUUACCUGCAUUGUAUAUUUUGAUUUUAUUGACGUCAUUGAAUGCUUACUCACAAGAGUAGGUUAUUGACCUCUGAACGUAAUCUGCACUUGAAGACCAUUCCAUUAGUGUUGGCAUUUCACUACAAAUUAAAGAUAAUUUAUAUUGGACCAUUGCUUGGUCGCAAAAUCACAAAACCAAUGUUUUUCCACCAUAUAUUUAUUAACGAUCACUCUUGUUCCUGUAGGGGGAGUAGUUUCCCCUGAAUGAAAAGGGAAUUUCCAAUUUUAAGAACAAGUACAACCACAUCAUGUGUAAAAUCGGAAAUGACAAUCCCUUUAAGGUAAUCCCUAUCCUCCAACCCCGUAGAACAGAGCUAUACUCUUAAGUCCUGUCACCUGGUGUAGUACCUUGAUCGUUUUGUGAAAUAACUAGAACAUUUGUCUUGUGUAUAGCUGUAUCUAAAGCAAUGCAGGUUUGAAAAGCCAUUGGUUUGUAGCAUAGGAAUGCUACAAACCAAUGGGCAACUGAGAUUGGUGAAAGUUACAUGGAGAUGGUGGCUGGUCCAGACAAUUUAGAAUGUCUAAGUCCAUUUUUCAAGGAAAUAUUCACCACAAUUUGCAGAAUGACAGACAUAUAGAAUUAAACAUUGAGUUUUAGGUUUAUAUCAUGUUUCUGGAUAGAUUAUGUAGGUUCACUGACUAGCAUGACUUUUUAAUGAGACAGAGUGUUGCAUGAUAUCAAUGGAGUCAUUUUAAAGGACCACUAUAGUGCCAGGAAAACAUACUCGUUUUCCUGGCACUAUAGUGCCCUGAGGGUGCCCCCACCCUCAGGGACCCCCUCCCGCCCGGCUCUGGAAGGGGGAAAGGGAUAAAAACUUACCUUUUUCCAGCGCUGGGCGGAGAGCUCUCCUCCUUCUCUCCUCCUCCGUUCCUCCUCCUGGGUUGAAUGCGCACGCGCGGCAAGAGCUGCGCGCGCAUUCAGCCCGUCGCAUAGGAAAGCAUUUACAAUGCUUUCCUAUGGACGCUUGCGUGCUCUCACUGUGAAAAUCACAGUGAGAAGCACGCAAGCGCCUCUAGUGGCUGUCAAUGAGACAGCCACUAGAGGAUUAGGGGGAAGGCUUAACCCAUUAAUAAACAUAGCAGUUUCUCUGAAACUGCUAUGUUUAUAUAAAAAAUGGGUUAACCCUAGAAGGACCUGGCACCCAGACCACUUCAUUAAGCUGAAGUGGUCUGGGUGCUUAGAGUGGUCCUUUAAUAUAUAUAAAUAAUGUAUCGGGUGUAAGGUCCUGAUCAACGCUCUACAAUUUGUUUUGUGGGUGACUUUUGAUUCAACUUUUGAUUAAUCUACGCCCAGUAUCUGGUUUGAGAAAGGCACAACCAAUCCAGGUUUGUGAUUCAUAUUGUUGUGAAAGCAGUGGAAUAAACUUAGAAACAUAGAAUGUGACGGCAGUGAAGAACCAUUCGGCCCAUCUACUCUGCCCAAUUUUCUAAAUCCUUUCAUUAGUCCCUGGCCUUAUCUUAUAGUUAGGACAGCCUUAUGCCUAUCCUACGCAUGCUUAAACUCCAGCGCUUAGCAUGGGAUUACACUAUGCUAGCCAUGUACACAUUUAUUUGUGGAUGAUGAAACCAUAAUUUAGUUUGUGUUUGUCAUGGAUAUAAGGUUCACUAUAUGUAUAUAUAACAUUAUCAUGGCAUAUAAGAUGAAAUGUGUCAAAAGUCACAUAUUUAAUCCUAUAAUAAAGCUAGGAGACAGGUUGUUAGUUUUUUUGUUUUUUUUUUAAGUGUUUUUUUUAUUCACUUUAUUACAAGAUUGAUCAGAAUUUUUUUUUGUUUUGUUUAUUGUUUUUUUCUUUGCAAAACCCGUCCGCAGCUGCAACUCAUUUAUAUGCAGAAGGAGCUUGCAUAUUGUUGCUUUUCAAUGCAUCCCAGCACUGGCACUGGGAGGGUUAAUUAAUCUUGUCAUGUGAUUGUGACAGGCAUCUAUAGUUAGUAGGUCAGCUGGAGUACAAAAUGAGCAGCUAAUUGCUUUAGCUGGUCUGGUGAAUUAGUCAUUGCGUUUCUGAAAACUGCUCACACACUCCAAGGAUUCAUUGGAGACAAUUUUCAUUAGAAGCUUGUUGAAGUUUCUGAAAUAAAAAUUGCCAACAUGUGUGAUAUAAUACAAUUGGUUCAUGCAACAAAACAACAAGGUAGCAAAAAAAAAAAAAAACAACCAAAAAAAAACAUUCCUAACCAAAGAUUACUCUUUUUGGAUCAGAUCCCUGAACAAGUGAUCAGAUCCCAGAGUUUGUGAGAACAUUGUCACAGGAUUGUCAUUCUGAGACUAGCCCCUAUACCUCGUGAGUUAAAAUUUAGUCCUGGCGAGUAGAAAAUCACCCUUGAUGAGGGUGCCAUGGAUCCACCAGGCAUUGGUGGCGAGCAUCUUUUAAGGCCUGGCUAGUAGUGUAGCACCUAAAAUAUCAAACCUUGUUUUAAAGGGACACUAUAGGCAACCAGACCAUUUAAUUUCAUUGAAGUGCUCUGGGUACAGUGUCCCUGUAAAACAUUGCAGUUUUAGAAAACAGGUUUUAUGGCAACAAUAAGGUAAAAGCAAUAGGUUUCAUAGGGUCUCUAUUAAUUCUUUUUGUUUUUAUUUUAUAGGAGACAUUAAACAGGAACCAGGAUUAUACCGUGAGGGGCCGACUUAUCAGAGGAGAGGUUCUCUUCAGUUGUGGCAGUUUUUGGUUGCACUCCUUGAUGAUCCCGCUAACUCACACUUCAUUGCAUGGACAGGCCGAGGCAUGGAGUUUAAACUCAUUGAACCGGAGGAGGUAAUUAUUAUUUUAUUUAUGUUUUUUUCUUUUUUCUUUUAUUUUUUUUAUUAAAGCCAUGAACAUCUAUUACUGAGAGAGUGGUUAAAGAUGUGGUUCUUGAGCUCCGUGUCUCCAUUCAGUGAUUUAAGUAUGGCUCUACAGUAUUUCACCAUACUCAAAACACUAUGAGAAACCCAAAAAUGCUACACUUGUGCGUGUUGGGAUCAGAUGGCAUUUAUUAGUGUAGAAACAGUAAUCCAAUAUCAUACAUUACUGUAAUGCUUCACUAUUAUUUUACUAACUAUCACACCAAAUGCCAACAUAAUAAAUAAACUAUUCAGUGGAUUAUGUUUAUUGGGUUAUUGUAAAAGUACUUAAGUCCACAACCUGUAUAUUAAUAUUUUGUCUCUUUCUGUGAAAGGUGGCACGUCGCUGGGGAAUCCAGAAAAACAGACCGGCCAUGAACUAUGAUAAACUUAGUCGUUCUCUGCGGUACUAUUAUGAGAAGGGAAUUAUGCAGAAGGUGAGACCCAAGGCCUUUUUACAUUUCUGAUAUUUACAACUUUUCUAAUUCUUAUUUUGUCCAGUUUUAAAAUUCUUUGGCUUAACUGCUUUGCAACUUUAUUGAUGGCUAUAUCAUCCUGAGAUGAACAGUCCAUUUAAAUAUAUCUCAGUUGGGUAAAAAGAAGGUGGACCUAGGCUAGUCAAUGCGUUUCCAUGAGUCGUAAACACGGUCUUUAGCUUAGCAGUUACUUUGGAACCAAUGGAACAGAUAAAUUACACCAAGAUAGAUGUCGGUAAAAUAAUUGUAUUGCAAAGAAUAGCUUGAGAAGUGAACUUUAAUUUGAUAUUGAACUUAUUUUCUGACAAAUUGUAAACAGUUAAAUAUGUAUUUUGCAUGAUCAAAUACAAACGUACUCAGAAUGAAAAUGCAUAUAUAUUAUUUAAAACCUUUUUUCCCCCCAAAAUAACAUAAUUUUACCUUUCUUUUGCAAGGUUGCUGGAGAGAGAUAUGUGUACAAAUUUGUCUGUGACCCGGAAGCUCUCUUCUCAAUGGCUUUCCCAGAUAAUCAACGGCCAUUACUGAAGACCGAUAUGGAACGGCACAUAAAUGAAGAGGACACCGUCCCACUGUCCCAUUUUGAUGAAAAUAUGACAUACAUUCAGGAUGGUGGCUACUGUAAUACCCAUCCAUAUAAUGAAGGAUAUGUGUAUUAAGAGACAGAAAAUGAUCAACUUCAUUUCACGUUCCUUCUUUUCAAGACCCAAGAAAAGCAAAAUAUACUUUUUUAUAUAUAGUAGUUCAUAAAUGGGCUUUUCCUGUUGCAUAUCUCCUAUGGUCUGCCAUGGACAGAGCACUUUAUUUGCAGGAAAUUGGAUGGAAAUGUAUACAAUGUAUGUAACAGGUUUAAAAAGAUGGAUAUACUAUUCAUUUAUGCUUGGGAAGGGAACUUAAAGGUUUAAGGUACUUCAUUACUAAAUUGUGUCUGUCUUUUUUAUAUGAGCUUAUACUAUGUUGUACAUUUUUUUUCUGGAAAUAGAGGGUACAGUUAAUUUUUAUUGUGUAAAUAGCUGCUUACAUUUUUUAAUCAAUGUAUUAAUUUCCUGCCCAGUUUACUUUAUGUAUUUCUUAAAUUUGCACGACAUAUUUUCUGAUCCCUUAGGGUUAUCUCCCUAUAUUUGUUCAUUUUAUCUUUGUAUUUAUUUAUGUUUGGAAUUUUGUCACUUUCAAAAGUUCCAUUCAUGACAACGGACAUUCUAAAUUUCCGGCCUUAAUGGAAAGCCAGGCUUUGUUUAUUUGUAUGCCUUUGGUGCCAUGAAGCCAGUAACAAUAGCUCUGUUGAUAAAUGCACCAACUGCAGAACCUGUGCAAACCUCAGGGUUGCAGGUUCUACUAAAAGAUUAAAUUCGGCCUUCCAUGCGUUUAGGUUUUAUGAAGACUACCAUUGAUUUGGAUAAUGAUAACUACUUUUAGUCAACAAUUUGGAUAAGCCUGAUAGUAUUUGCUGAGCAUAUCCUGAAGAAGUGUAUCAAGGCAAUGAACAAUGCUUGUCGUUUCAAGGCCUUUUGUGGUGAAACAAAGACAUGUAUUGUAGGCAUGAAUGGGGGAGUGGGGAUUAAAUAUACUUUCCCUUAUCCCCCAUAUUUUGUAAACAGGUUAUUUAAUCAAUAGAAAUUAACUGUACUCCAUCACAUAUCAUAAUAAGCUGUUGUAGAUACAGCAAGCACUCCUUGGAAAAAAAUAUCCAAUACACUAAAUAGGUACUUUCAGUAAUUUUUAGAAAUGGUACCCACUAUUAUGCAUUUAAGCCUUUAACUGCUGUUAUGUUGAUAACAUAUAUAAAUAUUAGAUACUGCUUCUGCUGCUGUCUUUUCUGUAUUAUUCUCUUUGAUGCUGAAUUUACUAAAAUCCUAAUAAGCAUUGCUGUAACUACAGGUAGCAUUUCAGGACAAAAUAGAUGACUUGAAUCAUUUAUUGCUUAGAAUUAGCUUAACUGUGCUGCAAUCUACUUUUACUCGCAUCCACAAAUGACUAGUAAGCUGCUUCUUGCUGGGGAAGCUUGGCAGGAUUUUUAUAUCUUUGAUGGAUUAGAGACUUUUGCCUAUGUACAAAUAGAAAGAGAAUACAAGGAAGACGCUGAAUUAUGUGUUAUCAACCAAUUUUUUUUUAUUUUUUUUUGGAGGGAUGGGUUGGGUUGGAUGUUACUUAUAAAUGUGCACAAAUACUCCUGCAAAAAUAUCCCAAGGUUACAUUUUUGGAGUUUUGCAAUGUUUUAUUUUUAAGUGAGAGACGUGUACAUAAAAGAAUAUGUAUUGAAAAAAAAAUAUGGGAACUUUUUUGUAUUUUUUAUUAAACCUUUUUUUUGUUUUUUCAUUUUUAGACGAACCCUGAUUUAAAAUUGACUGUUAGAGACAAAUUAAACAUAAUUGUUUUAAAAUACCUAACUGGCAUGGGUAUCAGGAGCAAACUGUAAGAGGCUAAUUCUACAAUUAAGACUAGACUUGCUAUAUAAGGACUUAUAAGUAGCAUGCUGAAUGAUACAAGAUCAAUACGCAUUUUAUUGUAAAUGUAGUCAUUCAGUUAAAGAUAUUAAUACGGUUUUCAUGUAUAUCCAUAUCUUUAAAAAAAAUGUGUAAUGUAAUAAUUGCAAGAAAUUAACAGCCCAUAUAUGUUUUUUUCUUUUUACUCUGGAUAACAAUUUAAAGGGAAUUAUCAUGAAGUGAUUUUUUUUUUUUAUUUUUAUUUUUUUUUUAUACCACCUUUGCAUCCAGGAAAAUAUUGUACCCUAUAGAAAGGACCUAUAACCCCAUAUUUUAAAGUGCAUUUUGCAAUUUAUUUGGUUUUUCUGCAUAUUCACUGAACCGCUCCAAAAAAAAAAAAAAAAAAAUACCUGAAGGAAAGUGACCUGAACAAUAUGUAGAGUGAUGUCACUCAGAUGCUACAUAUUGUGUAAACAAAUUAAUUGUUGCACUAGAGAUAGAUGGAUUUGGAGAAGAUGGUUGCUGAUGUUACAAAGUUUUUUUAGUUUUUUUUUUUUUUUCUCUCACAAUUUUAGUGUGUUUAAUAAAUGAAUUCAGGCAUGCUUCCUGAUGUCACAUGGCUUCCACAACUAUGCCUGACAGUAUCACUUCCUAAAAGCAGUCUAUUCGUUUUAAACACUCUCAGGCUACACAUUCCCAGCCAUUUAAAAAAAAAAAAUAAAAAAAAA